AUGUACAGUAGCAGCCCCAACUCAAUGAGCAGUAAGUUCACUUUUGUUUUAAAUGAUUUUCUUUAACCACAUUCAGCACUGGGAUUUUACUUAAUUUUUGCAGUUAACUUGACCUUAUACUGAUUUAGACCUGCCCUGAUCCAACUUCAAGUGCAGAUUGAUUUACUACACUUGUAUGCUGGUGCACAGUACUAAAAAUCUCUAGAGUACUACAAUCUUUUAAAUUAAAAAACCCCCCCCCCCCCCCCCCAAAAAAAAAAAAAAAAAAAAAAAAAAGAUAAGAAAUAAGCAUGCACACUUUUAAAAACAUAUCCAGUAUGCAAAUAACAGAUCUUCAAAUCAAUAACAAUCAGAGAUGAUAAUUAUGCAAAUCAAACUCUUAGAACUAGGUAAAAGUACAAGUCAAGCAUAAAGGAUAAAUACUGGUCUAAAAUGGGUGAGUAAAUCUAGAUUUUUUACAAAAUGUGUGUACAAUAACUAGAUUCAAAACAAUUUAAAGUUUUGAAGUUUUGCAAACAAGCAUACUCAAUACAAAACGUGCAAAGGAAGCAUAGAAAGCUAAAAGAUUUGCAAAACUGGAGAAAUAUGCAAAUAAAACAUGCAAAACCUCAUAGAUAACCAAAAAUGAUAUGCAUUUAAUCAGAAAAGUGACCAUUCAAAGCACAUUUUAUGGAUAUGCAAACCAAGCAGAAAAAAGGGUUCAAGUCAGCAAGUUGAGUGGCUUCUGAAGGUAUGGUCGCAUGUGAGACAUGCAAGUUUAAUAAAAAAAAAAAGGAAAGCAGACAUUCAUAUUAGACAGAUUGGCAAACAUAGCACGGAAAAAAGUGAGUAAAUCAAGUGUGUAUUUUUAGAUGGUUUAUCAGAAAAACUGAAAAGUCAAAAGGAAGUGUCUCUCCAAAAUAAGUUUGAGGCUGUUAUUGUAAUAUAUUGCAUAGUGAUACAGAACCAAUGGUUUUUGUCACUGGUUUAGCACUCACACUGAUAUUAGUGUUUGGGUUGGACUUUCUCUUAAUUCUUUUAAUGACUUAAUUGAAGCUUGUGCUGUUGUUGAUAGCCCAGCUUUUUUCUGGUUCUCUGGAUGGUUUGUUUCUAGAGGGGCUGAGCUGACCAAGUCAUACAACUGUUAACAAGCACCUCAUGCCUCUCUACUGUAGAAAAAGAGCUAUUCUUUCAAUUAAGGAUUGUAUUGUGAUCUUAUAACAAUAUUUUGUUUGUGUCUGUCUGUCUGUCUGUCUGUUCCUAUUCAGCAAAUGGCAGUGACAGUAAGAAACAGCGUCUGGAUGAAUCAUCCCCUUCCAGAGUUCUCCACAUCAGAAAACUUCCUAAUGAAGUGUCAGAAACUGAAGUCAUAGCUCUGGGCCUCCCUUUUGGCAAGGUUACAAAUAUACUGAUGCUGAAGGGAAAAAAUCAGGUAAACUUAACAGAACUCUUUUACAGAACAUAAACCAGGCAUACACUGUUUCAGUCUCUUUUGGAGUGGGGUAAAAAUCACUGCAUGGGCUCAAAGUCAACUUCACAAUUUAUUUUCCAUGAACAAGAUGCAUGGCUACAUUCAUAAAUGCAGGUUAAAAUUCCACCAUAAGCCAGUGUUGGAUGGUAUGAACAAAAUCUUAUAUCACGGUAUGAGUACUUUCAUACCACGGUAACGGUACAUAUCACGUUAUGUUUCUUCCCCCUGUAAAUUCAAUUAAUUUCUUAAAAUUAAGCAUACUGUUGCAUUUGUUCAUUUUCCUUUUACUUUCAAACUCCAAUUUGUAAAAAAAUGCAAACAAAAUGCCAGAGCAGUCAGGCGAUUUUUUUUUAAUCAUAUGGCGUAUCUUUCAGCUCUCAUAAUAGAGCUUAGCGUGUUUCAUCUUUAAUGGUGGAAGAGGUUGCCGGUGUUUCCUCCUCCAGCAAUGACAGCCACACAACACUCUUUGUUUAAUAUUGUUUUUGAUUAUUGUCUGAUUUUCUAAAUCCGAAUAAACUCCAGACAACCCAUGUCACGACUUGUGCCCUUUUUUGGAACAAGUUCCUCCUCCUCUUCCUCAUGUUGGGUGGGUCGGGCUCCCUCUGUUUGCUUGGUACUUCCACUAAUCUCUGCGUCUGCCAUGUCCACCACCAGUGAAGCUGUUUUUUCCUUGUUGAAAUUAUGCCAAGCAGUCUGCUGGACACGCUGGUGAUUAUAGGAAGCACACCAAAACCUGACCAAUCAAACGGAGCGAACAAACUCCACACGACAAGCUGGUGAAUAUAUGGUAAUGCACCCAAACGGAUGCGCUCCAGCUUUCCUGUCUGCGAGUGCAGACAACUACACAAUGGCCCCAUUUACAUGGGUAGUUUUCCUCAAUCUGAUUGAAAUCAAUCGGAUUAAGUGAAUCUGAUUCCAUCUGUAUACAUGAACUUUAAGUAAAGAGAUCCACGUUCAGUCCACGUUUUCAUGGCCCCAGCUGAAUCCAGUUGUAUUGUAUUGUGUCAAUGUGAAUUGUUAAUAGGAACCAUUGUUCUAGUUCCGUUUUAGAGUUGCGCACGGACGUAUUUGUGUGUGACACCGCCGGAGUUACCAGACCGAGCAGAGUAAGGAACCCUAUGUGUUAAAGUUUAAUAAAAGUAUAAUCCAGCCGGGUUACACAGCAAGAAGUGUACGCUUCGUCAGUCGCACGAAACAACACACUUUAACACUCCACCGUCCAGUUUUUCUGUUUGUUCGCCAUGCUUGUUUUCGUUUGGGCGCGCUCUGCGUACGUCACUACGUGCCUCUUACGUUCUACCGAGCGCCUGCGCAGACUGAACAAGCCUCUCUGUAAACCCAAUCCGCUCCACUCAGCCGUAUAUAUGGAGCAUGGAGCGGAUUAUCAAUCGGUGUAGACUACCUCUUUCAAUCCGACCUGAAAUACAAUCAGAUCCGGGUGAAUCAGAUUGGCUAAGGUGUUUAUAUGGGACAUUUUUAAUCUGAUUGACCUUUUAAUCUGAUUGUAAAUAGGAUUUUUGGACCCAUGUAAACGGGCCCACUGACUCAGAAAGAUGCAGCAGACAUCGGCUCUUUCUCGGGUACAACGGUAAAGCAAAAUUUCUACUGGUAGACACUUUUAUACUGUCACACUGUAUAUACCGAGAUACCGCCCAACACUACCAUGAGCUGAGGAAACUCUAAAUUAACAUGAUUCUGUGGGCCAAUACGGAGCCUAUUUAAGAUAAUGAUACAAUUUAUUCAUAAGUGCAUUUAUACACUUAAGGUCACUUUACAGAUAAAAAACCAGGGUUUCCUUCAGGAUUUUUGAAACUGUGGGGGAGGGCUCUGACCCACCCACCCCACCCCAAACGCGGGGAAAAAAAAUAUCACAAUUUAAAAUUUUUAUAGAUGAAUUAUUUAUUUAACACUAACAUAAUUUAGCCUUAUCUAAUAGCACAGUUUGCAGCAAGGCUAAGAGCACGUAAUUUUUCUUGUUUUCUUUAAGACGAGCUCCAAGGCUCAGCUCCAUCUUAACCAAAACAAAAAAACAAUUUUAGUGAGUGUCAUAUAAUGUAGAAAGAACUUGAGCUUCUACUAUAGAUAAUACAGUGCUGAUGUUGGUGGUUACCUAGAAGAUCAGGGAAGGUCACAAGUCAUGCUCAUGUGCUAUGUUGUUCUCCAUUACAUGCUCCAUUAAUGUCCAAUAAAGAGUUAUUUGGACUGAAGAUACACAAGCCUCCUGCUUAGUUGUUUACACUGGGACACCAAACCACAGCGUUCUGUUUUUCCAAACGUAACUGUUAUGUCAUCUGAAAAAAAUGAAACUUUGUAUCAUCAACAUUUACUUUUGCUAAUAUUGCAUUAUUAACAUUGACGAUAACUUUAGGGUCAUUUUCACAGGCUUGAGCUACGUAUUCAUUAAACUUAUCCUUCUUAGGUACCUUUCUCUCUCCCUUUACUCCACUCUGUGGGCUCUUCGCCACCAAACAUUUCAUGAGUACAAUUCCACACUCCUAUUAUGGUCUGUAAAUGUGUGUAAAUAUAGACCUUAUGUUUAUAUUAAUCCUUACAAUAUAAUUUACGUUUAGAACAUCUGAAAAAAAAAAAAUGUAAUUCUGAUGGCAUGGCAGUGCGCCGCUAUAAUUAAGAUGUAGUGGAAACCCUCAAAAUAGUAGAAUAAAAAAAGAUAAAAGCAGACAUAGUAUGGGCCAAAGAAAUGACAAAGAGUGGGCUCAUCUGAACAGGUGGGUUUUGAGUCUGGAUUUGAAGAGAGAGAGAAAGAGACAAUGUCCUGGAUGUCUGGUGGGAGUGAGUUCCAGAGUUGGGGAACCAAGUGGUACUCCCCAUGGAGUUGAGGCAGGCACAGGGGGAAGGUGAGGUGGAUGAAGGAAGAGGGUUUGAGGUUGUGGGAGGAGAUGGCCUUCAAUAUAUAUGGGAGAAUUUUGAAUUAUAUUCUGUAUUAACUGGGACACGGUGGAGCUACUAUAGGACAGGGGUGUUGUGGUGAAAUGAGGGAGUUUUGGUGAUAAUAUGAGCAGCUGAGUUCUGAACCAGUUGUAGUUUAUGGAGAGAUUGGUGAGGAAGACCCAAGAGGAGAGAAUUACACUAAUCAAUAUGAACUGUGGGCAAGUGGAUAACUGUGCUGUGAUUGGACUAUACAUAAUUAGACAUUCAUAUUGGAAAUCACGUGCAUCACACACACACACACACACACACACACACACGUAUAUAUACAUAUAUAUAUAUAUUUCGGAUUAUCGCACCAGCAUGCAGCUGCUGUUUUACCACCAUUGAAUAAACUCCAUCUAAAAAAGGUAACAGAGUAUGUGCUUGUGAAAAAAGAAGACAAGAAAGACAGUGGUUCAUUUCAACCUUUUAUUAAACUUUGUUAUAUAAAAUAGUAUUAGUAAAACAGUACAAAAUAAAAAUUUGGUAUCAAAAACAAAUAAAUUUAAACACACAAAUUCACUCUGGCAGUGGCAUUUAACAUAGAAAAAUAACGGCGUUGGUAACGUCAGCCAACCCAACAGUGACGGCUGGUAAGAAAAAUAAUAGGUGCGGCUGAAGGUUCGGAAAACAGAGCCCUGUAGCGGGGUCCGGGGGUAUCCUCCCCCGGGAGACUUUUUUUUCGUUUUCAAAAGGUAAAUGAAGCAUUCUGGUGCUUUCUAAGAAAAUAAUUAAGGAAACAAACGAUGUUGACCCACAAAGACAAAUGGGGUAGGGAUACUGUAUUUCAACUUAUUAAUAGGGCAUUAUAGCCGACACACAGCCUACCUACAUUCAAUGUAAUCCUAUGAUAUAGAAACUGACAGCAGCAUACUCUUACUCGUGUACAUCCACCUGCAUCUCAACAGGUUAGGCUACAGCAAAGAAGCACACAAAGAAAGCUGCAGAAAAAUAGUGAAGAGCAGACCCACAUCUAUAACAAAUCAGGCUGCAUAUCAAAGUGAUUAGCCAUGGAAAACAACACAAACAUUUGCUUUAAAUACAGAACAGUUUCAUUACAUUUGAUAUUUCAGUUGAACUGAAUUGAAACUGGGUGAACAAAUACAGGGUUCCCACUCUUAUAUAGAAAUCAAUUUCCAGGACUUUUCCAGGAUGUUUUCAUCCUGCCUUAAAACUUAUUGAUUUCUAAAAUUGUGGCAUGAACAUUGUAUGUUAGCGUUCUUUUUAGUCUGGCUUUUAUGUAGUGUCUCACUAUAAUACAUGUAUGGUUUAUAUUAGGUCUUAAUCUUUAUUUUUGUUUUCUUGUUUUCGUGUUUUCUUUCUAAGUGCUGGUGCAUGGAAGUCGUGCUGCCGUGAUAAGCAUGCUCUGCCUUGCAGAUCUUGCAUUUCACAGAUUUCCCCUCUAUAUUUUUGGUAAAAUGCCUCCAAACACUGGAGCUACGCGUUCUGCUCGCCAUUGUUACUGAGGUGUUAUGACGUCAGACGCCGACCUCUAUGAGUUCUACUGCCCAUGUGCGUCCAGGACAAGGCACACACAGUGGAGGCUAUGAGCUCAGGGUGCCAUGGCACAUGGAGUAAUCAUGGCAGCCCUAAUCAGCACACAAUUCAAAAGCCAGAUGUAUAAGUUUUCAUGGCAUGAGUAGCUUACACAUUGUGAAAGGAAACAUUAAUGCUGAAUAGUGUAUUCAGGUUUCGGAGAAACAAAUAUUGCCAUCCAGACAAUACCAUUUUUAGGAAAGAUCUCUGUUUGUGUUUUGUUUUAAACAAAAGAAGGAAAAUAACCUGUCUAUUUUCAGGCGUUUUUGGAGUUGGGAACAGAGGAAGCAGCUAUCACUAUGGUGAACUAUUACACAGCUGUCACACCACAGGUUUGACAAACAUUCAUGCUGUUUAUAAAUCGCUUUUGUUUUUUGGAUUGAAGUGCUGAUAACUGAAUAGUGUAUUGAAUUGAUCUUAUUUCAGGUUAGAAACACUCCUGUCUUUAUACAGUACUCCAACCACAAAGAACUAAAAACAGACUCAGCUCUAAACCAGGUAUGUAAAUAGAAAUAUUUGUACACCAAUUAAUUCAAUCUAUCCAAGGUUUGUGCUAAAGCUAGAUACCCUUUCCUCUUUUCCAUGGUGUUUUCUUUCUACUUAGAGGGCCCAGGCUGUGCUGCAGGCAGUGUCAGCAGUUCAGGAUGGAAGCUCUCCAUCCUCUGAUCCUGGAGUUCUUGAUCUAGCGCCACCCCCGAGCCCUGUCCUGCGGAUCAUCAUUGACAAUAUGUUUUAUCCAGUGACAUUAGAUGUGCUACAACAGGUAAAACCCAUCAACUUAAAAUUAGACAGUUUUUCAGGGGCAGUCACACUGGGGUUUGCUUACACUGAUGAAUUUAAAAGCUGAAUCAGACAACUAUUGAUAGGCUUUGGGAUUUUCUUGUAUCUGAUGCAUUCCAGCUCUUUAUGCUCUGCACAGAUUAUUUCUUUUAUCCAGUCAUUGCAGAUACACAUACACUCUAAAUACAGAUACAGAUACACCCUAUGCUGAAUUCUCACAUAGGCACGACUCAGCUCAAGCUCAUUCAUGCUUCUGUGUAAUUUCCUGAAUUGUUUGAUUGUUCUAGAUCUUCAGUAAAUUUGGGACUGUGAUGAAGAUCAUAACCUUCACCAAAAACAACCAAUUUCAGGCUCUACUGCAGUUCAGCGAUCCUGUCAAUGCACAGCAAGCUAAACUGGUAAGAUCAGAUAUCCCGCAGACAGUAGGAAAAGAAAACAACAAGUUGUAAGAAUUCAAUCGUUACAGCUUCCAUGAGGCUCUGACCUCUAAAAUCCUCAGGAUGCAUAUGUGCCGACUUCUGUUUUGCUGCACACUCUGGUGCUGAUAUGUGCACAUUCUAGUUCAUGCUCCUGUUUCAACAGGGAGUGACACAACAAAUUUUGGCUCCAGCCCAGAACACUAAAUACUGAAAAGAAUUGGUGCAUUUCUUUGCCAUUCUUUGUGUUUUGCAAACAAUACCUCCCUCUGUAGAGUAUUCUCCUGCACAGACUCGUAGCAUCCCUGAUGGGGCUAGCAGUGAUACUUUUUGUCAGGUUUUUCCCCUAUUUUGUCGAAAUCGUACAUAUGAAGCAAAACUUUUUUUACAGGGAGCACCUCAGUACUGACCCACCAGAGAAUAAGAGAAGCUCACCCAAUUUGGAUGUGAGGAGUCUCAGAAUACGCUUUGUAGUGUUGUUGUACUCGAGUCUAGGACUCAGACUCGAGUCCGGAUAUGCAGGACUUGUGACUCAACUCAGACUUGUGCACUAAUGACUCGGAAUUGGACUCGGACUCAAGCUCUGGCUGCAUUGAGACUCGGAGGAGGACUCUGGCUUAUUUAUCAAUGAAUGGUUUGUUAUUUUUUAUUUAUUAAUUCAUCUGGUAUAAGGUCAUAAUAACAGAUUCAUCCAUAACAGCCGCCAUCUUGGUCCAAAAAAACAAGAUGGCGGCGUGUGUACACAGCGAAGCCCUGCGUCUCCACUUUGCAUGUGAACUGGCAGUGGUCUACUUGUUAGUUGCAAGUCUUGUUAUCCGUGGCAGUCUUACACUAAUAUCAUACAACAGGCAACAACUUUUGGACAUUGGACGACAGCAAUCAAUCACCGUUAUUGCCGACUCUCUGAUCCCCGGCGAGAUCACUUGAAGACCCGGGACUACCACUGCAGUGCGGCCGGCUGGCCGUGCUGCCGGCUGGCCGUGCUCCUCGACCGGCCAGAAAGUGUAAACACAAGUGGGGUGCGCGGGAAGGAGUGAGGACGAGGCCAAAGCUAACGCCUCACCGGCAGGCGCUCCCCAGCCUAUUCCUCGCUAAUAUGCGCUCUGUGGGAAACAAAAUGGAUGAUUUACGGCUGUGGAUUAUAAACCAUCACUGGAUUAAAGACUGCAAUGUCAUGUUACAGAAUCCUGGCUCCACAGUGAUAUCCCCAACAAUGCUGUGGAGCUAGAUGAAUGUGAGCUACAUUGUGCGGACCGAACAGCUUAUUCAGGCAAGUCUGUGGGUGGCGGUUUGUGCAUUUAUAUAAACAAAGCUUGGUGCAUGGACAGUACCACACUCAAGAGUCACUGCUCUAUUAACCUAGAGUAUCUGAUAGUUAAAUGCAGACCUUUUUACCAGCCUCUGUCACCCUAGUGAUCGCAGCUUACAUACCCCCCGAGGUUAAUGCUAAGUUAGCAAUGAAAGAACUUCACGUUGCUUUUAGCAAAUAUCAGACAUUGCAUCCUGAGGCAGCCUUCAUCGUGGCUGGAGAUUUUAAUCACUCUAACCUGAGGACUGUGCUCCCAAAGGUCUAUCAGCACGUCACAUGUCCCACAAGAGGUGACAAGAUCUUAGAUCAUGUUUAUACCAACAUCAAAGAAGCAUACAGAGCUGUCCCUCUCCCCCACCUGGGACGUUCUUACCACCUUUCCCUGUUUCUCCUCCCCAAGUACAUUCCACUCAUUAAAAGGAUCAAACCCACGAUCAGAUCUGUAAAGAUAUGGCCUGAGGGGGCAGACCUGGAGUUACAGCGCUGGCUAAAAUCUACAAACUGGAGCCUGUUUGCCACCCAGGCCACCAUAGACUCCCACAUUAACAUUCACUCCUACACCUUCUCUGUUCUGAACCACAUCAGCUCCAAUAUUGACAGUGUCACUACCAUCAAACGGAUUAUCACCUUUUCCAACCAAAAGCCAUAAAUGAACACUGAGGUCCAGCUUCAGCUGAUGGCACGUGACACCGCCUUCAGAUCAGGUGACAAGCGGGCCUACUGCUCAGCCAGGGCUGACCUGAACAAGGCCAUUAAGCAGGCCAAGCAGAGCCACAAGUGCAAGGUUGAGGAUCACUUCAACACCAAUGAUCCUUGACACAUGUGGCAAGGCAUUCAGGCCAUAACGGACUACAAAACCUCCAACAACCCCCCAGCAACAGAACCCCUUCUCCCCAACAAGCUCAACAACUUCUACGCCCGCUUCCACAGAGACAACUGGCAGACGCCCAUCAGAGCUGUCCUGCCUGCUGAUCUCCAACCCCUCACUUUCUCCACCACAGAUGUGCAUGCAGCACUGAGCAGGACCAACCCACGCAAGGCAGCUGGGCCUGAUGGCAUCCCUGGUCGGGUGCUCAUGAACUGUGCUGACCAACAGAAGUGCUCACAGACAUUUUCAACCUGUCCCUAGCCCAAGCUGUUGUCCCGGCGUGUCUCAAGUCCACUUGUAUCUUGCCUGUGCCGAAACACUCCUCUGCAAAGAGCCACAACGACUUCUGCCCUGUCGCUCUCACUUCUACCAUCAUGAAGUGUUUUGAGAGGCUGGUUCUGGUUCACCUCAAAGCUGGCCUCUCUCCAUCCCUCAACAGGCAUCAAUUUGCUUAUCGAAAGAACAGGGGCACGGACGACGCCAUUUCAUCCGCCCUUUACACCGCCCUCACUCACCUGGACAAGAGGAACACUCACGUACAGAUCAGUGGCGGCUGCUGGUCUUUUGAAGGAGGGGAAGCUCAUUUUUCUGGCCUACAUCAUAAUUCUGUUUGUUUAUUUAUAUGUAACAGAAACAGAGUCGCCAAACACAACGGCAGUCGUUUUUAACAAAGACAAAAGUCACUGAGGAUCGGUAAAGUCUCCAGAGCAGUUAAGAACAACGGAAUGAAUAACUUGGAAAAUGCUCUGUUAGAUGUUUUAUUCUUCAAGAUCGCUGAUUCACUUGUUUAGCUGUCAAUCAAAAAAGGAUUUAGGGUUGGCUAAAAUACCUUGCAAUAUUUGCAGUAGUGACAUUUCUGCCCAUAUCAUAUAAGUGAGGACUGGACUAAGGUACCGAGGACUGGACCUGGACUUAACUUAGGGGAAGAGGACUCGACUCAGACUCAACUCAGAGUUUUUCCUUGAUGACUCUGACUGGACUCUGAUUUUUUUUGGUGACAUAGACUUAACCACUGAGGACUUGAGACUCGACUCAGAGUCGAACUUUGGUGGCUCGACUACAACACUGGCGCUUCGCCAUCAGGCUUUUGUUUGCAAUACACAAUAAAUGGGGGCAAAUUUUUAGAGAGCCAGCUUAAGUAAUAGGCCAGCUCUGUUUGCACUGGAGACUGUGCCCAAAAUGUGCUGCGCUGAACCAAGAGGAUUGACCUAGACAUGAUAUCAAACAUGAAUACAGUGCAUAAAGUCUUGCAAAUUUGAAAAUAAGACAACAUAUGCGGACCCCAAACCAUGUAUCAGUACAGAACAAAAGAGAAAUGACGGGCAUGCGGACAGGAUUAACACACUUACAGCCCACAAUGCACCGCAGUUUUCCCACUCUGCUACGCCACCCUUUGGAGCCCUAUACAUAUUGGAUUUAAUGUUAGCAGCAAAUAACCACAUGGCCCAUUUCUAAUAAGUCAUCCACAACCAGUGUUGGGUAAGUUACUUUGAAAACCUAUUGCAUUAUUUAUUACUUGUCAGUAUCUUAGUCAUUUUGACGAAAUGCUUCUUCGUUUUAGUCCCAUUUUAGUCAUUUCUAUCCUUGAUAGUUUUCGUCUAGUUUUAGUCCGACGAAAACUCAAAAGGUUUUAGUCUAGUUUUAGUCAACAAAAAGGUGCCUCUUGAGGUUCGUGGUGUUCUUUCCCGACAGUUUGAAGCCGCAGCAUGAGGAAGCUGUGGCUCCACAACUGUCGUCUGUCUCGUCUGUCUCGUCCCCGUACAAGACAUUGUGUUUUAUUGUCACUUGGACUGUAUCUGAAGUAGGACCAUGAAUCAUCCCUCUUUUUUCGGCCACUGGGUACCGCUGCUGUGCCUGCCGCCACGGUGUGUGUGUGUGCGCGCCUCGUCCACCUGCCGCUCUGUGUAUGAGUGUGUGCGCGCAGCUGUGCGCGAGCGAGGCUUUUGGCGCGUGUGUGAUGGGGGCGUGACUGUUAGGACAAAAAAAAGCAUGUUUUGAAACUUUGUCCGUCCACCUAAUAACAAUUUAGUCUCGUCUCGUUCUCGUCUGACGAAAAUGAAUACAAUUUUUGUCACAUUUUAGUCUUUACAGAGCUUUGGUGACGUUCGUCUUAGUCUCAUUUUCGUCAAGGAAAAAAGGGGUCUGACGUCGUCAUUUAAGUUUUCGUCCUGCCUGACGAAAACAACACUGCCUCGAAUUGUAUGGCAUUACACUACUAUGGCCUUUAUGCUGUACUAUUACCUUCAGACAGAGUUAGCAGUUCAAAGUCCUGUUGGGGUCCACAUGGAUCAGGGAUUGACCAUCGGAUUGUUCUGUGUUACUGAUGAAUCCAUAACCAGGAAGUAUUUCUCAUCUACUCGAACUAAUACACAAUUGGGAGUCCGCAUAUGUUUUUUUAUUUUGAAAUACCGGUUGAGGUGCGUGGUUUUCGUGCUUGACAUCCUGUCUAUAAUGAUCUUUUCUGUGUAGAUUGAGGCAUAUUGGAAGCGAAGAGCAGCAAAAAUAGACUUAGUGCGUAUCUUAAGCAGUGCUGCGCUCGAUACGCUUCUGAUACAGAGCUGCGACAGAGCUGAUAUGCAUCCUGUAUGUGAUGCUGCAUUGAUUAGAAUGGCAACCUAUUUCCUGCAUGAUACACAACACUUACGGAACGCGCUUAAUACAGAUCCUGUAUGUUUUAGCCUUAACUGGAACAAAACAAGUUUAAUACAUCAGUGAGAAGCAGAGAGAGACAUUGCUUCACUUAGAGGUUUAAUGUUUAAAUUCUGUUGGUUUCUCUGCUCAGAUAAACACAUCAUUAGAGACAGAACAGGUGUGUCUACAACUGUGUAAGAAAACGCGUAGGGAAUAUAAUUUGUGGCUGUGGGGAGCAUGGAAAGAGAAAAGUUUCAGACAAUAACAUGCAAUUUCUGUUGCUCUAGCUGAUGAUGUCAGCCACUCUAGCAUGAAGAUUCCACACAAUACACACCCAUGAUCAUCUCAAAAUUUUAUCUAAAAAUUAUUAUGGUCAUUGAUGACUGAUUGAUCACAAACUAUAAUACCAAUUAAAACACCAAUAGACAAGACUUGUGUCUACAUUUUAAAGUUGAAAUAAUGUAUCUCUGUGGAGGCAUGCCGAAGCAGUAGACGUUUGAAAAACUCCAAUAUUUCCACUUUUUUUUCAGGCCUGGCCCAUUGAUUUCAUUGCAAAGAUUUUCCAGAUUUUUUUGCAACGAAAGUCCCAAAAAAUUCACAUACAAUAAUGGAAAUUUAAAGCACUCAAUCCCAAUCAAACCGCCACUUAUAUAUAUUAUUUGUCCUACAACUCUUUCAGCUGUAGGACGAGUAGUGAAUCGAAAUUUGUUUGGAAGAGGGAUAAGAAAAAUCCACAGUAUAACAAUAGGGCCUCACUGUGCUUGCCAGUGGCCCUAAUUAUUGGAGUUUUUCUUACACAUCUACUGCUCCGUUUCAGUUUUUUUUUUUUUGUUUAAAUAAAAACUUGAAAAAUGAAUGUUAUAUAAUGCAAUAUCACAAUAAUAUUAGUAUUAAUUAUUUGAGAUGGCACUGUAAAUCUUUGCUGACCUAAAUUAUCAUUUUUGUUAAAGUCAUGAUUUUGUGAAGGGAAAAUAAAAAUAUUUACAUAUUUAUCAAGAUAAACAAAUUAGGUCCCGACCAAUUUAUUGGUAAGCUGAUUAAAUCGGCCAAUUUUAGCCCAUUCGAGACUUGUCGGUAAUCGACCAAAACUCGCAGAUUUUCGCCCAUAUUUUCAGAAAUAAAAUGCAGAGAAUUAAGAUUCAGUUUUACUUCAAAAAUAUUCCGUCAUUUGAAAAGACCCCCGACUUAUCCUGUAAUGGGUGCAGCGACCUCAUGACAAUCUUCAUCCACUAACUACCUCACAGCACAGCAGAGUGAAGGAUCUGAAGCAGGCAGCGGCAGGGACACGCUGAGGAGAGUGGUCCGCCUCAACGUAAAUAAAGCAGUUUGUGAAAUACACAAUAAGUCAACAAGUUUCAUUUCAACCCACUUCAAGAUGUUCCUCGCUGUGCUGGUCUCGGUCACGCCGAGUUAACGGUGAAGCACCAUGUAAUAUGCAAGCUAAAGUUAGAGUAAGCCACCUGCUAUUAGCCUUGCUACACUGUUAGCCGUGCCAGUAAAGGUAGAAUAAACAACAGUACACAUUACGGUGAUUGAGCUACUUCUCUUACUGAGGCAGCUGCAUGUCUCCAGACUGGACCGGAAAUGAGUAACGUGAGUCAAGACCUGAAAGCAUCGAUCGGCCGCGGGGGGGGGGGGUGUUUGAAAAUGCUUUUCUGGUCCGAGUUUGAUGAGUCGCUCUUCCUGUCGGUGUUAAGAGCAGUAGCGUACAGUAUAUCUACAGAAUACAGUAUACUGUAGAUAUCUACAGUCCAUAUAUAUAUAUAUAUAUAUAUAUAUAUAUAUAUAUACACAUAUAUAUAUUUCAUAACUUAAUAAAAAUUAAAAAAAAACAUCAAAUUAAUCGGUAAUCGGAUCCCCCCCCCUAAUAAUCGGUAUCGGCAUCGGCCCCAAAAAAUCAUAUCGGUCAGGCCCUAAAACAAAUAUAUUCUGGACCUUAAACACUGUUUCAAUUUUCUACUGCAGUCUUUGGAUGGACAGAACAUCUACAAUUCAUGCUGUACGCUGCGGAUAGACUUCAGUAAACUGGUCAACCUCAACGUCAAGUACAACAAUGACAAAAGCAGAGAUUACACCAGACCUGACCUGCCUACUGGGGACGCCGAGUCAACAAACAAGGACCAUUCCUUAUUAGGUAUAUUCAUCUCUAUCUUCACCAGACUGUCAUUAUUAUGAUAUAAUAUGAUAUUAUGUCAUUAUAGUACUGUGGUCCUCAGUGCUUUGAGAUCCUGUUGAAGAAGAAACCGUGGGGGGAGGUCAAAAUAUUGUGGAGACAUGGCUGACUUUGUUUUAGAUGUUUUAGAAAUGAUUUAGAAAUUUAGAUUUUGUCUACCUUUUAUACAUUGAAGACUGGGUUCCAGAGGGCUCUUACUUUAUAUUUAUUUUUAUUUUUUAAUGAAGCAAUCAGCGGGCACUUUGUUUACAUUGGUAGUAGUUUCUUUCUUCUAUGUGAUGUAAUCGUAUUAAGAUAUGCAGAAAUAGGUUAAAUAGUGGGAACUCAUUAUCAGUACAGUUAAUAUUUGAUCAACCAAUUAGUUUUUUGCAUUGCCAAUGCCAGUACCACUUUCACAUUGCUGUUGUUCUUUUUUUGGGUUUAAUAAUUUGUUUUUGUUUGUUAGCAUUUGACAAAAAGCAAUUGAAAAAUAUCAAGAAAAAAAUUGUUGAAAUCUGGUAAAUAUUUAGUCUAACUGACAAAAAUGUAAAAAUAUUAAUGUGGACAAUAAGUCCAAUAAGAAUGGACAUGGUCAGCAACAAUACCUAGGUAGGCUGUGGCAUUUAUACAAUGCUCAGUUAGUGCUAGGGAGCCAAAAGUGGGCCAAGGAAAUACCCCCACACCACUAGCAGCAGCCUGAAUCAUUGAUUCAAGGCAGGAUGGGUUUCUGCUUUCGUGUAGUUUAGGUCAAAUUCUGACCCACCAUCUAAAUGUGGUAGCUGACAUCCUGACUCAUUCAUCCAUAUAACUGCAGCACUCUGUAUAUUUUCUUUUUUUUCAGAUGAUUCUCUGUAAACCCUAGAGAUGGUCGUGAGAGAAAAUCCCAGUAGAUCAGCAGAUUCUAAAAUUCUUAGAAACAGCCUGUCUGGUACCCACAACCAUGCCAUGUUCAAAUUCUCUUGAAUCUCCAUUCUUCCCCGUUCUUUAGAUGUGUUUGAUUUUUAGCAAGUCGUCUUGACCAUUUCUAUAUGUCUUAAUGCAUUGAGUUGCUGCCAUGUGAUUGGCAAAUUAGCUAUUUGUGUUAACAAGCAAUUAAACAAGUGUACCCAAUUAAGUGGCUGGUGAGUGCCACAUAUCAAUUGACACAUUGAUGCUAUUUCCAGUAUUUCAUAGUGGACAUCUGUUUGUCAUUGUUUUGUAGGAACCCCAUCUGGAGCGCUAGCUUCCUACUCAAGCGGAGGAGGUUACUCAUCUUCUCUUUCCCUCUCGCAGGGUGGAGGUACCAGUCUUUUACAUUUUUUUGGUUGUUUUUAUCCAUUACCCAGCUUCUGCUAUUUUUCUUCUGCCACUGACAUCUGUGUUAUAUGUCAUGUUUUGUUCAUAGAGUAUACUGUAAGUUUUCUUCCAACUGCCUCUGUUGUUGGUUGAGACUGCAGCUCAAUUCAAACCAGAUGAUAGAUGUGAUAAUAUCUGUUAGUCCUGAAAGAAGAAAAUGAUCUAAAAGAGCACCCAGACUCUAAAUGCAGUAGAUACUGUACAUUAAAAUAAGCCUUUGGUAAGUAACUGCUUAAUUAGCUUUUACAUUUAAUGUAAAAGGCCUCCCUUCACAACCAAGUUCACUAUCUGUGUGUGCAGCAGAAAAAUAGCCCAUACAACUUUGGCAUCAAGCACGGUACCAGCCCUGAUGGGGUUAUUUUUAUCUUUUUUUUUUCAAUACUUUAAUUACUACUUACAAUACUUUUUAAUACUACUUAUCUUUAUUUUCCAAUACUUUUAUUUUCAAUUUUUUUAAAUAUGUAAACAAAGAAUAGAUAAAGACAAGGGUAGAUAUAAUUUAAUCUCAAAAUUAUAAAGGUAGGCAUAAAAAAAGACAAGCACAGCACAAUAGGGCACAGUCUAACAAUUUUAAAUGAGAGCAGUGUAAAAGUUGUUUUCUCCAUUAUGCAAAGAGAGUUUGUAAUGUUUACAAGAAGUUUCACAGUUGAAUUCUUUUGAAGCCAGGAUUUGGGACUUGCUUUCUUACUUGCAACUAUAUCAGCGCACUAAAUAAUCAACAACAACCAAUAUUCAGUGCAACUAUCUAAAUCAGCACAUACAUUUAGAUCUAUAUCGAUGUAUUCUGAUUUAUAUUUUAUGUGAUGAGCGUGUUGGCACGUGUAUAGACACUCAACCUGACCAAAUUAACACAGCUGAAACCGCAUUAAACUAAAUAUCCAAUAAAUAGUCAUACAUGAUGAAGUUAACAAGAUCUAUAAUUUUUCUCUUCCACUUCCUCUUCUUUCUCACGUGGCUGGACCCCAACGCAUCUCUGUGUUCCCUCCCCGCCCUGCGGCGGCAAGUCUGACCAGAUGAUUUCUUUUAGUGAUCAGAUGAGUUAUUUACUUAGAAAAUUUAAACAAAACAAUAAUACACUUUUGCUCAAAAUAACCCGUUUAUUUAAUGUUUUCCCAUCCUUAAAAUUCUGUGAAUAUUCAAUCUGGAGUUAGGCCUACAUUGAAAUAUAGUAUUUAGUUGUGUGUAGGGCUGGGUACCGAACUUUGGUUCUUUUGUGGUACAGACCAAGUACCGAGUAUUAAAACAUGCCUCGUUUUACGGUGCCAAGUUUUGGUACCCAGAGGUUAAUCACGUGAUCAAGACUUGAUAAUGCUUCUGGUGAUUGACUUUAAUGUUUACGUGAUUGCCAUAUGCAGGAAAUAUACAUCGUUAGUGGAGACAUUUUGAUUGUGAACUGUAGUUGUGUGUGUCGUCGAAUUGGUUAUAAAAUGUCAGAGGUCGAUGAUUGAUGAAGAUUGAUGCCAAUAAUGCGCGAUGCAGUAUUUGCUAAAAAGUCAUUAUUACUAAGGCUGGCAACACGACUAAUUUGAUGAAGCACCUGACCGUGCACAAAGUCAAUUUCAGAGCAGAAAGUUGCCCCAUGUUUGACUGCAAGAAGAGCGAUCCACAGCCGUCCUCCUCUCAGCAUUCAAGUCCGCCUGUGGACGUUACAGAGCAUGAGCAGCCUGAUUCAAAAUCUCCACCAUCGGACUUCAUCUGAGAGUGCCAAUGACGGCACUAUGUCUGGGAUAUCAACAGGUGAGUUUACUUAAUGUUACUGCAACAUAAAACGUUCAUUGCGCUGUGAGUUAAAAUGGGAUCCAUGUAACGCUAAUUUAAGAUAAUUAAGUGUAGCUUUAUUUUAUGGCUAUGUAGUGAGCUAAAUCAAAAGCUAACUAGAGAUUGACAGAUAAAGCUUAGCUUGUUAAGAUGUGCUCAUCAAUUGGGUUGGCUGGUUAAACAGCUCACCUAAUGUUCACUGUAACGUUUAUCUUCUUAUCACAGUAGCCUCUGACCCUGAUGUGAGGGGGAAAAGGCCAGCCAGUGUGAAUCCAUUCACACUGGCAGAAAAAGGAAAAAUGACAAAAGAAAAACAAGAUGAGUGCCUCAGGGCAGUCACAAACUUCAAGGUUUUCUGCCUUUUUCUACAGUGGAGGCUCUGUGGUGGAGGUAAGUAAGCUGCAAAUGAUACUGUUGAUCAGUCAAGUCUUUAUCUCCCAGCCUAGAUGUUUUCUAGCCAUAAUAACACAGCCAUGUUAUUGUUGACUUUCUGUGUUUUGAUGUCAACUAGGAAGAUGUUAAGAGUCCUAAACCCCAGAUAUCAGCUCCCCAGCAGAGACAUGCUGUCAAACAUACUCAUUCCUGCAUGGUAUAGAGAAGGGAAAUGUCGAGAGAAUUGUGAUAGCACAGCCAUGUUAUUGUUGAUUUUCUGUGUUUUGAUGUCAACUAGGAAGAUGUUAAGAGUCCUAAACCCCGGAUAUUAGCCCCCCAGCAGAGACAUGCUGUCAAACGUACUUAUUCCUGCAUGGUAUAAAGAAGGGAAAUGUCAAGAGAAUUGCAAGAUGUCAGAGAUGUGGCUGUGACCGCAGAUGGGUGGACCAGUGUGGCACACGGUGUUGUUUUCGUCAGGCAGGACGAAAACUUAAAUGACGACGUCAGACCCCUUUUUUCCUUGACGAAAAUGAGACUAAGACGAACGUCACCAAAGCUCUGUAAAGACUAAAAUGUGACGAAAAUUGUAUUCAUUUUCAUCAGACGAGAACGAUACGAGACUAAAUUGUUAUUAGGUGGACGAACAAAGUUUCAAAACAUGCUUUUUUUUUGUCCUAACAGUCACACCCCCAUCACACACGCACCAAAAGCCUCGCUCGCGCACAGCUGCGCGCACACACUCAUACACAUACACAGAGCGGCAGGUGGACGAGGCGCGCACACACACACACCGUGGCGGCAGGCACAGCAGCGGUACCCGGUGGCCGAAAAAAGAGGGAUGAUUUAUGGUCCUACUUCAGAUACAGUCCAAGUGACAAUAAAACAAAAUGUCUUGUACGUGGACAGGGACACGAGACAGACGACAGUUGUGGAGCCACAGCUUCCUCAUGCUGCGGCUUCAAACUGUCGGGAAAGAACACCACGAACCUCAAAAGGCACCUUUUCGUCGACUAAAACUAGACUAAAACCUUUUGAGUUUUCUUCGGACUAAAACUAGACGAAAACUAUCAAGGAUAGAAAUGACUAAAAUGGGACUAAAACGAAGAAGCAUUUCGUCAAAAUGACUAAGACUAAAACUAAAUCUAAAAUGCCUGCCAAAAACAACACUGGUGGCACAAGACCACUACUUCACUGUUUCAGUCCAAAUUGUGAGAGAGGGUACCAUGAAGGAGAAAAUCCUGCAUACCAGGGCAGUCUACACAUCACAGACAGGGAAUGUAAUAGCUGAGGAGAUAGGGGAUAUUUUUGAUAAAUUCAACAUAAAGGAAAAAGUUGUCGCGAUCACUUAGAUGAGCAUUAGAAAAAUUAGCUGCUUUGCUCAUACUUUAAACAUUGCUGCUCAAAAGUUGUACACUAUACCUGCCAUCUUAAAGUGGACAGGAAGAAUCAGAGCUAUGGUGGUGUGGUUAAAGCGGUGCAGCUUGGCUAAACCUGUCCUUAAAGUGAAGCAGCGUCUUCUCAUUAAGUGUAAAUCAAAAUAGAGGAAACUUAGUGCAGCAUUCCAUGGCUAAACCAAUCAUUGAGGUAUUACUACAAAUACACAAGCAGUUACGCCUGGUUCACACAGGAAGCGCCACGCGCGGAACGGAAGCGGCUGUUCACACAUAAAGCAUUUUCUGCUGCGCUCUGACACGCCGGUCAGACAUCGACUGAGCCUGGCAGUGCUCGGCCGUUUCCGUCUGCCCUCAGUUUUCCACACUUAAGAGCGCUUUAAAAAUGGGUUUAUCAAUAUUUAUUUACGUUUUUAUUUCGUCAUACAUAAAUGAAAUAUUGGCAGCAUCUUCAAGUAUUGUUUUAAAUUAUUAUAUAGGGGUAAACAACGAAUAAAUUGGGGAGUCUGUUGACUCCGUUGUAUGUAUAGCCUUGUUAGCUCGAGGCUACUGACUGUAUUGUAAUAAAGUCCCCCUCCUUUGUCUCAAUAACAUCACUGAAUCUCUGCAGUUCUCCUUCCGUGUGUGUGUGUGUGUGUGUGUGUGUGUGUGUGUGUGUGUGUUAAUCGGUAAAAAAUAGACUGACAAGCAACACCGUAAAUCCUUUUUAUCUAAUUUAUUGAAAUUUAUUUUAUUUUGAAAAUUGACCGGAUUCUCUCGCAUCUCCUGUUCAGACUUCCUGUCUGGUCCGAUCUGCUCUGUCCAGCUUUACGCCUGGUUCACACAGGAAGCGCCGCGCACAGAGUUUCGGAUCGGCGCCCGUGUUAACCUAUGGCUUUGUCCGAAAUGGCAUACUGCCUACUAUCUACUUACCUACUCAAGCAGUAGCUACUGCCUACUGACUACUCAAAGAUGAUUUGAGUAUGCCGCGGCUGCCCGAGCGUUUACACACAUACAUACUAAAUACCCCAGAAUGCAUUUCGUGCCGGCCGGACGCAGCGCCGGGAAAAUUUAAAUAGUCCUACCACAAGCAACACAGAAUGACUGCAUUCCGGACAAAUUAUAUAAAUUCAUUCAAUAAUAAUAUUUUUUCUAGCGAGAAAGUAAGUGUUUACAUCACGAUUAUGAGCCCAGUUUUUUGAAAUAGUGGCUGUUUGUAAAUUUGUCUCUGCGUUUUCGGAGACCGAAGCGUCCACUUGGUGGGUGUUUGCGUCUAUUUACCGUAAACACCGGGCAGCAGCAACCCCCCACUUCACGUUUCCAAAUUAUUGCGAAGUGUUUUCAUAAUCACCAUCUACACGACACAAACCGGGCGGCAGUGGAUGAAAAAAAUCACACAAACAUCUGUGUAUCCAUGGUGAUAAUGCUAUACACCACCUGCUAGGCGUGUGAUGAGCAGCAGAGGGCUGCAAAAUGACCAACACACAACAUAAUUAUUAUGACCUCGUUCGGUUAUUCCUUGGCAAAUUCAUAAUUUCCCGACUACAUUCUUUUCAUGUACAAUGAUCAUUUCAGAAACCAUCAGAUUUUCAACCACAAGUAAGAACUAGUAAAGCUCACAUAGAUUGUCAACUGGAAACUCCCCCGUUUGUAUAUUCUGAACCAUGUGCUCUCUACCAAUAAUAAUUUUUAUUAAUCAGAGGUCUGUGCUUAAUAUGAGUGACCACUUUGAUGAUGCAUUCAGAGAUGAGAAGAUGCUCAAACUUGAUGUAAUAAAUACAUCUUUAAUAGACACUUAAAUAAAUAAAGUCAAUUUAUACGAAUAGUUAAAAACAUUACCUAUAAUCCUAAUUUAAAAUACAAAUAAAUCUGGUAAAAAGAUCAAAAUAUGAUAAAAUGAUAAAAAUUGUGUAAUGUAUACUGACUAAAUAUUGUUUAUCUAAAUAUAUAUAUAUUAUUGCAAUCACAUGCCAUCUAUUUCUUUUCAGCCUCGGGAAGGAGGGCCAUAUUACCAGCUGAGGUGCGCAAUGCAUUGUGGGGCAGAAGCAGUACGUGAAGCAAGCUCCGUUGCACACUCAGAAAUCAAAGCCGAUUGAGUAUACAUCUGGGCAUUUCUCGCAUACACAAAAUUUGCAUACUGUACAGUGUGAACGCACUGCCUACUCAAUUCAGAGGCGGGUUUAGUAGGAGUAGUAGGAGUAGUAGGCCAUUUCUGACACAGCCUUUGAGACUGUUCACACAGCUCGCGCGCGGAAGCGCGGCUGCUCCGCUUCUCCGCUUCUCUCUAUUUUUGGCGCAAGCCGCGCGCGCCGAUGUUAAGCUGGACAGAGCAGAUCGGACCAGACAGGAAGUCGGAACAGGAGAUGCGAGAGAAUCCGGUCAAUUUUCAAAAUAAAAUAAAUUUCAAUGAAUUAGAAAAAAAGGAUUUACAGUGUUGCUUGUCGGUCUAUUUUUUACCGAUAAACACACACACACACACACACACGGAGGGAGAACUGCAGAGAUUCAGUGAUGUUAUUGAGACAAAGGAGGGGGACUUUAUUACAAUACAGUCAGUAGCCUCGAGCUAACAAGGCUAUACAUACAACGGAGUCAACAGACUCCCCAAUUUAUUCGUUGUUUACCCCUAUAUAAUAAUUUAAAACAAUACUUGAAGAUGCUGCCAAUAUUUCAUUUAUGUAUGACGAAAUAAAAACGUAAAUAAAUAUUGAUUUACCCAUUUUUAAAGCGCUCGUAAGUGUGGAAAACUGAGGGCAGACGGAAACGGCUGAGCACUGCCGGGCUCAGUCGAUGUCUGACCGGCAUGUCAGAGCGCAGCAGAAAACGCUUUAUGUGUGAACAGCCAAGCGCGAGCCGGCGCUUCCGUUCCGCUUCCUGUGUGAACCAGGCGUUACAUCGGCGCGCGCGGCUCGCGCCAAAAAUAGAGAGACUCGGAGCAGCCGCGCUCCAGAGCGCGAGCCGUUCCGCGCGCGAGCUGUGUGAACAGUCUCAUAGGUUAACACGGGCGCCGAUCCGAAACUCUGUGCGCGGCGCUUCCGUUCCGCGCGCGGCGCUUCCUGUGUGAACCAGGCGUAACAACCACACACACACUGUCUCUCUAUAGGUCUUCCUGAACAUGCUGUCAUUUUGGAUGUGAAGAACAGGUGGAACAGCCUGUUCCUAAUGGUGGAGCAAUUUCUGAAGCAGUUUCCUGCAAAUCCAGGCAGCCUCCAAGGACCCUCAGCUCAAAAAAAAUCAAUGGAGAAUGACAGGUAUAGAUAAGUAAGGAUGUCCCAAUCAUGUUUUUUUGCCCCUGAGUCCAAGUUCGAGUCUUUUGAUUUUUAGUAUCUGCUGAUUCCGGGUCUCGAUCCGAUACCUCAACAGUACAUUAAAAAAAUGAAGAAGACUGAAGAAACAGAUCCAGGAUGACCCUGAUUUUUUUUAAUUUUAUUCAACUUAUUUUUAUCAUUUAACACUUAUAAAUAGAGGACUUCUGUGAGGUAGCUCGAACAAUCAAGUAAUCAAGUAAUAAAAAAUUCUUUAGUGCAACAAUUUCUAAUACCUGGCAGGUAUGUAAACAAAUAAGAAAAUAGAAGUGCACAGGGUUAUAAAGCAAGGCCAGUAAUGUGCUUUUCAGAACUGAACCCCGAAUUCUUACUCUCCUUCUCUGGCUUCACAGAAGGAAAUGUACAUUUUUCUUGAUAAAAACUAACAUCUCUACUUUGUCAGGUUUGAGCCUGUUCCUGUUCUCAUCAACGAUUUUAGUGACAGCACUAAAAAGUCUCUCACUGUCCUCAGAGCUGCAGGGGGCACAGUGAUACUGGGUUGCAACAGCAGCCAUGGAGGGGAACUGAUUAGCAUGUUCUUUCCAGUACUUAAGUGGAUCACUUCUCUUCAGGGUGGUUUGCUCUGAGAGGUAGGUUUGCACCUGCACCUCUGCUGAUUUGCUCUUCACGGACCGGACCUGUGACUGCCUCUCUAGUAGAAUUCCAGGCUGCUGCAUGAUUUACGCCAUGGUGCCUUGCUCAUUAGGUCUGCUGAAGCCCCUGCUUCCUUUUGGACUGCACUGGCAACCUUCGUUCUCUCUAUCUUUGCCACUUCCUGGAUGAGGUGUUCCUUUGCAAGCAUCAGGUUAGCAGACUUUGUGAAGAAGCUAAAAAUAGAUAAAUGUAACACACAAUUCAGAACAACAACAUAAGAUAAGGGACAACACAUAGCACAGCUUUCCAGCUAAGCAACUGCCUUACACAUGUACUCAAUUAAUAAACAAUUAAAAAUCUAACCAUAGAGCCAAAUUCAGAUUAAAAGGGAAAUAAAAAAUAAAUUGGCCUAAUACGGGUGUCUGGUGAUGACUUGACUUUAUCUGAGCAUGAUGUAGAAAAGGUACAUUUUAAUUUUACUACACUUGCCAAUCUUUGUAUCUGGGAUCUAGUGUAGUGGCAAUGUAGAAGAGUGGCUCAGUUUUGACGUUAGCAAAGUGCUUCUCCACAGCCUCCAGGAGAGUCCUCCUCGUAGUCUUGAUUCCCUGGUCAUCGUCCUCCUCCCGAGACAGAACACAUCUGAGGGCUAAUGUGAAAGAAUUGUUGUGAUGAUGGUUUCUUUUCAAUACAAUAACUUUCUAAUGAAAUGAAAACUCCUUUAAUAAAGUUGUUUAAAAAAAUCCAGCUCCUUUUGAAAAGCUUUGUUUGUGUGUCAAAAGUAUGUUUCAACCCCAAUGAUGAUUUUGUUAACACAACAUGUUGUUUCAUACAUACGAUCUGUUCAUAAUACAUUUUUAGGGUAAAACUUGAUAUACAGUGCAUCCGCAAGUAUUCAUACCACUUUACUUUUUCCACAUUUUGUUAUGUUACAGCCUUAUUCCAAAAUGGAUUAAAUUCCCUUUUUCCCUCAAAAAUUCUACACAAAAUAUCCCAUAAUGACAAAGUGAAAAACUUUUUUUAGAACAUUUUGCAAAUUUAUUAAAAAUAAGAACACUCAAAUGUUGCAUAUAUAUAACUAUUCACACCCUUUACUCAAUACUUGGUCGAAGCACCCUUGGCAGCAAUUACAGCCUCCAGUCUUCUUGUGUAUGAUGCAACAAGCUUGGCACACUGGGAUUUGGGGAGUUUUUCCCCAUUCUUCCUUGCACAUCUUCUCAAGCCCAAAUCAUGUCCAAUCAGCUGAAUUUGCCACAGGUGGACUGCAAUCAAGUUGGAGGAACAUUUCAAGGCUGAUCAGUGGAAACAGGGUGCACCUGAGCUCAAUUUUGAGUUUGAUAGCAAAGGGUGUGAAUACUUAUGUAUAUGCAACAUUUGAGUGUCUUAUUUUUAAUAAAUUUGCAAAAUGUUCUAAAAAAACUUUUUUGCCUUGUCAUUAUUGGGUUAUUUGUAUAGAAUUUUUGAGGGGAAAAAAGGAAUUUAAUCCAGUUUGGAAUAAGGCUGUAACAUAACAAAAUGUGGAAAAAGUGAAGUGGUAUAAUACUUUAUUAAAAUAAAAAUAAAAAAUCCCAUGUGAUGCAUUUGUCACAAUCAAAACAAAAAGCUUGACAAUUUCUCAAUUGCCUAAGCCCACUCAAUAGUUUUUAAUCAAUAUAUUUUCUGAAGAUGAAGUCAAACAAUAUUCAAAAAUAUUAAAAAAAAAACAAAAAAACAUGAAAUUCAUUAAACUAAUCAAUAUAUAUAUAUGUUGAGAAACUUUCAAUGUAGGUCAGAGUCAGUUGAUUUGCAGACAACCUUUUUAGUGCCACUAGUGCUCAUUUUGUAGGAACACUGGUUGUCAAAUUGAAGAUAAGAAAAGAGAGGCAGAGGAUCCAUUGAUGCCGGGGGGGGGGGGGGGGGGCAUUGUGAAGUGGUACGAUAACAAAUCUGUCACCUUGAUCUCAACCUACUGUGCCACUGAUGCUCAAGACAAAGCUUGAUGCUGGAGCAAAUCACACAAAACAUUUGUGGAGGUCAGCAGUCCACACGACUGAAAAGAGCACACAUUCAUGGAGGGCAUAAACCUCCUUGAUGCAUGUGUCUCAAGAAGCAAGCGCCACAUGAGGUGGUACCUCUACCUGUUCUCUGUUCUGGCAAACCAUCAUGUUAGUGAAUGGUCCGAAUGUUAGUGAAAAAGAGAUUUAAAUGACUCUGAAAAGUCAAAAAUUGUAAAAAGUCUUUCAGAGGGAUGCAGCACUCUUGAAAUUGCUUAGAUAUUUGGGUGUGAUCACAGAACCAGCAAACAUUUUGAUGCAAAUAGUCAACAGGGUCGCAAGAAAUGUGUUAAGAAAAAAAGACGCAAAUUAACUGCCAAAGAUUUGAGAAGACUCAAACGUAAAGGUACCAGGAACCGCUUAUCUUCCGGUGCUGUCAUAUUCCAGAACUGCAACCUACCUGGAGUGCCCAGAAGUACAAGAUGAUCAGUGCUCAGAGACAAAGUAAGGAAGAUGAAACCCGACCACCACUGAACAAGACACAAGUUGAAACGUCAAGACUGGGCCAAGAAAUAUCUGAAGAGAGAUUUUUCAAAGGUUUUAUGGACUGAUGGGAUGAGAGUGACUCUUGACGGACCAGAUGGAUGGACCCAUGGCUGGAUCAGUAAUGGGCACAGAGCUCCACUUCGAAUCAGACACCAGCAAGGUGGAGGCGGGGUACUGGUAUGGGCUGGUAUUAUUAAAGAUGAGCUAGCUGGACCUUUUGGGUUAAAGAUGGACUUAAAAUCAACUCCCAAAUGAAUGCCAGUUUUUAGAAGACACUUUCUUCAAGCAGUGGUACAGGCAAAAGUCUGCAUCUUUCAAGAAAACCAUGAUUUUUAUGCAGGACAAUGCUCCAUUGCAUGCAACAAAGUACUCCACUAUGCGGCUCACCAGUAAAGGCCUUAAAAACAAAAGAAUAAUGACGUGGCCUCCUUCUUCACCUGACCUAAACCCUGUUGAGAACUUGUGGGCCCUUCUUAAACGGGAAAUUUACAGUAAAGGAAGACAGUACACCUCUCUGAACAGUGUCUGGAACAGUGUCUGGGAGGCUUUGGUUGCUGCAACACAAAAAGUUGAUUGUCAACAGAUCAAGAAACUGAAAGACUCCAUGAAUGGAAGGCUAAUGACUGUUAUUGAAAAGAAGGGUAGUUACAUUGGUCACUGAUUUUUUUUUUAACUAGUGAAAAUAAACAAGUGAGAUGGAAAAUUUUUCAUUUUUAAUUUAGUUGCAUAAUAAUUCUGCACACUAAUAGCUGUCCCCAAUAAUUGUGCACACAUAGAUAUUCUCCUAAGGAAGCCAAAAUCUCACUUUUACUCCCUUAAAUAUUAAGGUUUGAGGUUUAUUAACAUUUUGGAUUGACCGAGAGCACUGCAGUUGUUCAAAAAUAAAAUUUAUCCUCAAAAAUACAACUUGCCUAAUAAUUGUGCACACAGUGUACUGCAGCGACAGCAAACUACCCUGAAAGCCACUAAAACAAAGAAGCCCCCAAGCAGGGGUUGCCACAAGCCUGAAGGAGUAAAAUUGCCUCAGAUUGUAACAUUUUACCAAAGCUCACUUGCCUAAAAGCUGUUCAUAGUGAAGAAACUGUUCAGACAUGUUGCUGGUAAUGUAAAAGAAGUGUUAUUUUUCAGUAGUUCUCUGUUUAGUGUACUUUCGUACAUGUUUUGGCAAGUUUUCUUCAUGAAUAUGUUAUUCAUUGUUCAAUUGCUUUCUAACGCACAAAAAAAAAAAAAAAAAGAUUUGACGGGACGAAAUUUGUUGUUUGACCAUUUGGAAAGGUAUUUUCGCAGUUGGAAUGCAAAUAAAUGCAAAUGUUUGUUACCAAACAACAAACAUUUCAUACCUCAUUCAUCUUUUUUUUUUUUAAACUAUAUUUUCCAGCACAGUUCAAGACAUUUGUUUUUUUCCUUUAUUCAAAGAGAAAGAGAGAACAAAAAAGAGAACAGAAGAACACAAGGGGCUGCCCUUACUACUUAAUUUUCAAGUGGUUAACAAAGAGGUCCCGAUAGUCUGUUUAUUUAGCUUUAGGCUCCCUAAAUGCUGUCCAUUUCUUUCAUUUUUGAUGAAAGAUAGACAUUUUCAGCCUCAAGUGGAAAGUUAGUCUUUCCACUGUGUAAAUUCCAUUCAUAUUUUCCAUCCUAUGUCCAAGUAGUAGGCGAUCAGUUUUCAUCCAACUCCUUGUGAUGACUUUUCUAGAUGCAAUAAUAAAGAUCUUAAAUAAACAUCCUCUUGUUCUACUACUUUCUCAGGUAUGACCCCCAAAUACAUAAUUUUGGGAUCUCUUUGAAUAGUAUAGUGCAGGAUUUUUCCCAGAGUCUAAUUUGCUUCAUGCCAGAAAGGUUGUUUCUUUACACAUGACCAGAAAAUAAGAAUAACUUAAUUUUAUCUCCAAAGGGAAAUUCAAUUGUCUGUAGUCUCAGUUGUCAUGUGUCAAAAAGUUAUCUACUAUUUACAGAAGAGUUGUAAAGUCUGAUGGCUGUGGGUACAAAAGAUCUUCUGAAUCUUUCUGUCCUGCAGCGAAGAGAGAGGAGCUGUCCACCACCAUUGGUCCUUUGGCCCAUCAAGGUGUUGUGAAGUGGGUGAUCCAUGUUCUUUGGAAUAGUCUCCACCUUCCUCAGUGUACAUCUCUCCACUACAUCCUCCACUGAGCCCAACUUGAAUCCAACCACAGAGCGAGCCUUUUUCAACAGCUUGCUCAGACAUCUUGCAUGUUUGUGUUUGAUGCUUCCUCCCCAGCAGACUGCAGCGCAGAACACUGUAGACACCACAGACUGAUAAAACAUCUGCAGCAUCUUACUGCAGAUGUCUAUUGAUCAGAGUCUUCUCAGGCAAAAGAGGCGGCUCUGCCCCUUUCUGUAGAUGAAGUCUAUAUUUUUUGACCAAUCCAACUUAUUCUCCAGAUGUAGACCUAGAUAUUUAUAUGAUGUCACCACUUCGAUGUCCACUCCACAAGUGUUCACUGGCUGAAGAGGGGGUUUGGAUCUGCGCAAGUCUAUGAUCAUUUCUUUUGUCUUUGAGGUGUUGAGGAGGAGGCAGUUUUUGUGACUCCAGUGACUGAAGGCUCAUACCAGAUCUCUGUAUUCAGCUUCUUGUUCAUUUCUGAUACAUGCCACAAUAGCAGUGUCAGCUGAGUAUUUCUGGAUGUGGCAGGACUCAGUGCUGUAUUUGAAGUCUGAUGUAUACAGUGUGAACAAGAAUGGUGCCAGGACUGUUCCUUGUGGAGCCCCUGUACUGCUCAUCAAUGUCCCAGAAACACAGCCUGUCCUUGCCUGACAAACCGUGGCCUUCCUGUCGGGUAAUCUGUGAUCCAAAAGGCACAGGAAGGAUUCACUCCCAUCUCUUUGAGCUUGUCUUUGAGUAUGUUGGGUUGGAUGGUGUUGAAUGCACUUGAAAAGUCGAAGAACAUGAUCCUCACAUAAACCCCAGGUUCCUCCAGAUGAGGCAGGGCACGGUGUAUUGUAUGCAAACUGCUGGGAACCCAGUUUGUCUUUGACCUCAGACCUCAGAAGGCGUAGAAUCAGCCGCUCCAGGGGUUUCAUGAUGUGUUCAAGUCAUUCAAGUCUAUUCAAGUCAUAGAGUUCAGCAGAACAUUUUGUUUUUGGUACUGGCACAAUGCAGGAUGUUUUCCACAGAGCAGGUAUCCGCCCCAGCUGUAGACUCAGGUUGAAGAUUCUGUGGAGAGGUUGACACAGUUCUGCAGCACAGUCUCUAAGCAGCCUUGGACACACACCAUCUGAGCUAGCUGCCUUCCCAGGGCAAAGUCUUCCAAGCUCCAACCUCACCCCUGUUUCGGUGACAGACAAGGCCUAUUAAAUGAAACUCAUCUGCCAUAUUAACACCUUUUAAAUCCUGGUUUUGUCUAAUUUUUUUGGGCUGAGGGUUCCAAAUAGAUAGCAAACAGGGAUGGGUUAAGGCAGCACCCCUGUGGUGUGCCUCAAUAUAGCUGAAUUCUAUCCAUCAAGUGUCAGUUAAUUUUUACUCUAUAGAGAAGAUUUUGAUUUUGACACUGUUUUUUUCUACUAAAUUAAAGGGGCCAUGGCAUGAAAAACGGAGUUUGUUAACGGGGGGGGGGGGGGUCAUUUUUAGAUCUCCGUAUUUAGGAACUGUGUGCUCAGAGCCGGCCGUUCUGAAAACUCCACUGACAUGACGUCAUGUCAGUGCUGGUGGGUUGAUGGUACUGCCCAUGGAACCGCCCACUGCCUUGCCCAAAAAAUUAUCAAAACAGCGCCGUUAUUCCCGGCUACUUACUCGCAUUGCUCCAGUUAGAACCAUGGCGAAAGUACGAUCUGAAAAAGAGGCAGCGUUUGCUCUGUUGUUGGCUGCACAAACGAGCACAAAACUCUUUUGAAAACUCCUUCGUUGGAGGAUUUGAGGACUCAAUGGGUGGAUUUUAUUUAUAAUGGGAAUGUACCUGCGGCACUUCCAAAAUAUCUCUACGUAUUUGCGCACCAUUUCACUUCGGACUGUUUUAUCAACGAGGGACAGUUCAACGCUUGAUUUGCUAGAUGUCUGAAAAUAAAGAAUGAAUCCGGACCAACUAUCCGUGAUGCUACUACAAACGUGGCAUCUGUAAGUAUGAACGUUUUAUUUUGACUUACUGUUCAGCCUAAAAUCCCCCCGGUACCUCAGCAAGGCCACCACGCUUUGAUAAACACACCGGAUCUGCGCCGGUUUACCGGAUCCUCCCAUAUUUUAGCCGCUUGCUUCUUCCCCGACAACUCCGCCGGCGGGGGACAAAAUCCUCCUCCCGAGCAGCAUGUAGCUUUAGCAUUUACCCGUGCGGCGACACGCCUCUUUUGGCUCAAAUACGGGACGUCCCGACUAAUGCUGGACGGUCGGCCAUCCUAUUAAUUAGUAAAGGCUUCAGAGAAGUUUUAGAGCACCAAAAUCUUACAUUGUAGCAGAGCUCUGGUUGUAUUUCUACAUUCAUAUCUUCCUCCUUAAGCGUGACCCUCCUGGCGGCUUUGAAUAAUACAUAGGAUGUGUCGACUAGGUCACUUCAAGUCACGUUUGGUCUGAACGCGGCUAAGAGUUUCUUCCGGAGCCUCUCCCUCUGGGUCAGACUCUGGCUCAAACUGGUAGGGUUGUACGAGCAAUCUUCUUGCAGCCAUGACCGAGCCAGUGUAAACAUUAGCACAUGGCUAUCAGAGCACAGCCACAGCCCCUUCCAGAGAGAUGGGUGUAAAGUGGACGUGGCUUAGGUGCAGCUCAUUUCAUUAAAGAGACAUGGCCCAAAACGGAGGAUUUUGAGCGGAGCUAUUUUUAGCUGAUAAAAAGAGCACUAAAAUAAUUGAUCCAAAUCGAAUUUUGACCGAAGGACGUCACAGACAUGCUUUUAACACACCAGGGGACUAUUUUAAGUUGUGUGAAAUUGGAAUGCCAUGGGACCUUUAAAUGUUUGUCUGAAGUUAUCUUGUGUUAGUCUACCCUUGAUGAAUUCGGUUUGGUCCCCAUGAAUUAAUCUAGGUAAAAACUGUUCUAAACAUUUGGAUGGAGAUUGGUUGAUAGGAAUCACAGUAUUCCUUGUAUUUGACCCUCUUUUGGUAUAACAGAUAUCAUAGCAUCUUUCCAAGAUGACGGUAUUACUGCAUUAUUUAAUGUCCAAUCGAAAGAAUUGUAACACUUUAUAAUCCAGCUUGGUAAUACUUGGGUGGUACCGGGGUAAUUGCAGGGUAGUACCAGGGUAGUUGCGUGGUUAAAUCAGGGUAAUACCUGUGUAGUAUCAGGGUAACUACAGGGUAGUACCAGGGUAGCUGCAUGGUAAUAUCAGGGUAGUACCGGGGUAACUGCAGGAUAAUACCAGGAUAGUACCAGGGUAACUGCAGGGUAAAAGUGGGGUAGUGCCGGGGUAACUGCAGGGUAAUACCUGGGUAGUACCAUGGUAACUGCAUGGUAGUACCAUGGUAACUGCAGGGUAGUACUGGGGUAGAUGCAGGAUAAUACCAGGGUCAUACCGGGGUGACUGCAAGGUAGUACCAGGGUAGUUGCAUGGUAAUAUCGGGGUAGUACCCAGGUAACUGCAGGGUAAUACUGGGUUAUUUGCAUGGUAAUACCAUGGUAAUUGCAGUGUAGUACCGUGGUAUUUGCAGUACCACAGUAAUUGUAGGGUAAUUCUGAGGUAAUUGAAGGUUAGUAACAUAUCAAUGGCAGUACCACCGUACAUGUUGUACUGCUGCUAAACCUGUACAAUUUGGAUGGUUUAGCAUAUAUUUUAUCAUUUCAAACACAAUGUUUCAGGCUCUUCAUUCAUGACUGUUUAUUUCCAUAAAAUUGGGGCUGAAAAUAAUGCAGUAGAGGAGCCUUACAUUGCAUGAUUUGUUAUAUAUGGAAUUAUAUUCUGGUAACUCCUGUCCGUGUAGAUCACACAGACAGGAGUUAAACGAUGCAAUAUCAUGAUUAAACCCCAUAAUACAUUGGGGUGGGGUUGGCGUAAGGCCGCGGAGGAUGAGCCAUGGGCCGAAGGGGAGAGAGCAGCUAGGUCCCUGAGGAUGAGCCGGGGGCCGGCCAGGGGAGAGCCGGUGGGCCAUGGGAAGAGAGCUGGGGACCAGCAGGGAAGGAGCCUCAAAGCCACUGGGGAUGAGCCGGGGUAGUUGCAUGGUAAUACUGGGGUAAUUGCAGGGUAGUACUGGGGUAGUUGCAUGGUAAUAUCUGGGUUCUACCCCAGUACUGCAAUUAUUAUGGUAUUACCAUUUACCUACCGCGGUAUUGUUAUUUAUAACAAUAAAGUUCUUACGAACCUUAUAUAACAAUAAGGCUUGUCUUCUUCUUCCUGGACUCAAGCACUACAACACUGUCUGGAGGGAUGGUGAUUUAUUGGCGUGAAUGUUUGAAAUUUCAUAAUGAAUCUCUUCAGUUAAGAUUUUACGGAUUAGUUUGUCAUUUUGAUCUUUACAUUUACAUUUCAUGAAGAGAGGAACUUUCGAUUUGUUAGUCUUUCUCCUUUUCCUGGUUGUGUUAUAAUAAUGAGUAGUAUUUUUCAAAUGCAUUCUGGAUUUCCUUUACCUUUGUCGUCAUCUUAUUUCUUAUUGGAUCCUUGAUUUUAUAGAUUGUAUUUUCAGCCCGCUCUUUCUUUGAUGUUCAUCAACUUUGAUGUUUUAAGCCCUGCCUCAUAGUAUUGUUGUUUCAUGAACCACAGCAUUUUUUCAAUAUCUUCACCAAGAAUUUUAUCAAUUUCCUGUUUAACCAGCCUUAUUUGUUCAUGUAAAGUAGAGUUGUUGUUCAAUGAAGUUGCUUUAGGUUUUUAACUGUUCGUGCAAGUCUGAUAGCCUUUUAGCUUUUAUCUCCUUAGCAUAGUACUCUUAGCAGUAGUUUUUGCCUCCAAAAAAAUGCUUUUGCUGCAUCCCACAAAAUUGCGGGGUCAGCUGUUCCAUUAUCAUUAUGUUCCAUGUACAUUUUUGAUUCUCUGGCCAUUUAGGUUUUGAAUGUAUGAAGAGUUUGAUAAGACUACUCCUCUUUUCUUUUUUUUUUUUUUGAUCUAUGAGAUGAGAAUGUAGUGAUUUGAAAUGAGCCUCAUACGGUCGCACCAAAAUAUAUGUAGCGAUUUGAAAUGAGCCUCACAAGGCCGCACCAAAAUAAUACUUGGCGAUUGGAAUUUAUAAUAAAUGUCUGAAGAUUAAUAAUCUCAAAUUAUGACAUUUAUGCACUCGUUGAAAGGGGCACCACCCACCCUUAAUGGUGGGAAAAUAAAGAAAACAAAAGUUUAAUUCAGAAAUCAAACAUCAAGUCAGUUUUAAUUAAUCAGUCUUAAUUAAUCAGUCUUAAUUAAUCAGUCUCAUAUCUUAAGUCGAAAUUCUAAUUUCAGGGACUCCACUUCUGGAAGAACACUAACAGACACGAACUUAGAAAAAUAAUUAUCUGUUUAUUACAGGAUAAAUGAUGGUACAACACACAUGCAAUAAAUGAUGAUAAGAUAAUGAAGAUAAAUAAUAAUAGGUGAAUAAAUCAAGAUUCUGAGUCAGGCUAGGAGCACUAAAGUUAAUGAUAGUGAGUGAAUAUGCGCUAACAUAUUAACCUACACUAACUUUAGUGUCGAGAUAAACUCGGAUGUGGAUUUGGAGGAAUCUAAGAUUACCAGAAUAAGAGGAUAUCUGAGUUGAACGCAGGAGACAGCACCAGCCCUCUUUAGAGCUCUGGAGGUUUGCAUACUUAAGUGAGACUGGUCCUUGGAGAAGAUGGAGCAGGUUCCGAAGGUCCGGGCUACUGGCGGUUCGAGCGGUUCAGCUCAGAAGACGACUGAAGUCAGCCGAAGGAUGAGCCAGGAGUUGCAGCACUCAGGCCCGAAGCAAAAACCAGCGCCUGUGGAUCCUGUGGAUGCUCGUUUGGGUACUUCUUUAGUCUCACUCAAAAACUCUGGCACAGAGGAUGACCCGGGCCUGUUGGAUUGCGUUCGGAGGUGACUUUGAAAUCACGCAGAAAACUCAGAAAAACGAGGCUCGAAGAGCAGAGAAAACUUUCAAAAAUGGCUUCGCGAAAUUAAAGAAAAUCAAUCAAAGGCUUAAUCUUGAAUUGCUAUGUGCACAAAAAGUUGAAGUUUCAAAACUUGAACUAAGACGAUGUUAAAGAAAAAUCAACGUGAAUCAACACGUGGCGUAAAACUUAGAAGACUAAGGAAAAGUUCUAAGAGAGAACAAAGAAACGCACCACAGAAGGGUGUGGGCAGAAGAGAAGGGGCAUAAGAGCCGGGGACAAGCGAGUCAGCAGAAGAGAGAAGCAUAAGAGGAAUAAGAGUGAACAAGAAGAGUGAGCAACCCGACUUCACUGGUUUUAUCUUCUCACACUGGGAGUGGCUCCGGCGUGUGUGUGAGACAGAGGAGGGGUCGUGGAAUCUCUGAUUAUUUGAUCUAACUUAUACUUUUGGCUGGUAAAAGAGUCAGAUCUGAUACUCACUCACUAUGAUUAAUAUCAUUGAAUGCUUGGUUUCAUGAUAAAUAAUUUGACACUAAACACAUAUGAAUGAAGUGUAGGAUCACAUCAGACAUUCUCAUUAUGUUUUAAGUAUCACAUUAAACAUGCUAAAUUACUCUGAAAUGAAACAGAUAGUAACACAUGGAAACUGUGAACAACAAAAGAGUAAAUACAUGUGAAUGAACUUCAUCAUGAUUAAUAAUGGAUUCUAAAUACUCACAUUCAGAUUAUUCAAUGACAUUAUAACCACCUAAUGGUUAAAAAUACUAAAUAAACAUCUACAAUAUAAACCAAACAUUUCUAAACUGUUUCUGUUACCUAGAGUUAAGUUAUGAUUCAUAGUCGAUAAAUUUAACUCUUAAAAGUUCAUGAAACAGUCUGAAAAUCUGUUGGUCUAAAGAACUAAAGAAUAAGGAUUUAUUCUGUCAGAUAAGAUAACUUGGCUUCUGAAGCACAUAGAAAAACGGGAAACAUCUCAUUUUAACACAAAUUUCAUGAUUAGACAGAUUAGUACAUUGCUGAAUGCAUAAGAUGUCAUGAUCAGUCAUUUGUAUUCUUUCACCAAAGGAAUGCAGUCUUUAUCAGUGUAUGGUCGAGCAGGGUUUUACGACCGAGGUCUGGAGGUCAGUGUCCCCCCUUUUCCUAGGGUCCGUAUGUUCACACACUUUAAGACACUAAAUCUCAAAUGGGAGAUCUGGGUUGAGACGUUAAUGUUUAUUUAGAUGGUCAGCAAAUGGAGUCAGUUUGAAAGGUAAUAAAACUCUGUCUCUGUUCUCCGAAUUGACCAAUCGUGAAGAGUCAGAGGUUUAGUCAACCUCCUGUUGGGUCACUUAUUUAACCUGAAAGGGCAAACACGUCUGGAAAGAUUUAUAUCCUGUUUCCUGGGACCAGAUAAGGAAGCUUUCCUGUGAGGAAUGUGUGGGUUUCACAUCCAGGGUUGUCUUGAUUGCUACAGUCCCCCCUUCGUCACGGUGGUCCUGUCCAUGGAGCAUCGGGACGACGAGUAGACAACCAUGAAGCAGCAGCAGGUGUAUGCAAAUAGGACUGAUGCGUCUCGUCAUCACUAUGUGAAUCACUAGUACUGCUUUGAGAUAAAAUUAAGCAUGCAUUAAGCUAUCAAAUAAAAUAGUCUUGUUGUUAGACUUUUCUCAGUUAACUAUUGGUAGACGAAUGUGAAAGAAAAUCUCCUAAUUUUCAGUAUUAAUGAGAUUUAGGAAAGCACUAUUUAGUCUGAAUGCUAACUGGAUCUAAAGAUAUAGCUGUUUUCCAUGCUUGCUGGAGAAGUCUGAAAGUUCAAUUUCAGUUUCAAAAAUGGUUAAGACUUAGGUGGAAAAGAAAUGUCUGCUAUAGACAUGUUUAAUCAUCUGUGUAUGAGCAUAGUCAACCUGAAUCACAAACAUCAAAAGUUUACUGCACAGAGUUUCUCUUAAACUUUGUCUGUUAAACUUGGGGAUGAUGCUCUUACCGGUUUGACUAAUUAUCUGCUGUUGAGUCUGAAAUUUGUCAAUCUGAGUCUUAAUGACAGAAAUUUCAGCUUUUAAUCUGUUGAUGAGAUAUUUGACAGCUGACAAGCUGACCAUAUUGACAGAGGAGAGACAAAUGCUAACAAAGAAAGCAGCAACUGGUAUUGCAGUCAUCAAUGUAUCACCACAGCAUUUGGAUAUCUUAUUGGAGUCAUUUAGCUUUGGCUAGGUGACUUCUGCUUUCACAGGACUCACACCUUCAUGACUCCACAGUGUUAAUCUCAGUGGUUAGCUGAGUAGUCAUGUUUAUUCACCUUCAAAGUGGAUGAAACCGAUUGAGGUGGAUAAUAAGAUCGUCGUUUCUGAGAAUGUAAUUUACUCUGAUUCUGCCAGUCAUUCACCCCCCUUUGGCGGUGUUGAUGGUUUUUCCUUUGUCUGGGAUAAAACCCACCGUGACGGGAGUCUGAAUAACAACAGUUGGUCUCAAAGUUUACCGGGCAUUGGUCUGUGUCAGACCUGGGCCUUGGUGUGUAACUUUGACCUUUGUGAGUGUGUUGAGGUCGAAAAGGUUUUGGAGGCCUGGUUAACCACUCAUUUGGAGGCUUAUCGGAGCCUGAAAAUACACAGUCUGAAGCUUCGUUCAGCUCCAUGGGCAGUGAUUUUGUCUCCAUAGCCAAGAGAGUAACGGGCUCUGCUUUCUUAGCCAAAGUUUGUCGUUGUUUGGCAAAACCUUUUACAGCAAGUUCACGAAGCUGUCGGCUAGUCAAAGUGUUUGGACAAGCUAAGACGCCAAGGUGAUGACUGGUGGUAGGGUGGAGGUUCUGGACGAACAGCGUUUUGAAGUUCAAGUCCUCCUCCAUUUCUGGUUCAUUUCGGAAACCAAAGUAAGCUUCGCGUAAGCGGUUGUAAUACUGUUGGGGAGGUUCUGAUCUCCCUUGUUUAAUAGACAGAGCAGCAGAAAGGCCUGUCUGGGUCAAAUGAUCAGAAAACUCUUCGAUUAAUGCUUGGCAGAGCAAGUCAUAAUUAUUUCUGACAUAAUAAGGCUGUCGUUCAAGGAAACUGCUAACCUCUCGACUUGACGUCGCCUUAAUAAGGUAGAUUUUGUCAUCAAUGGUUGCACCUGGAAAUUUCCUCAGGUAAAAGUCAAUGUCUUUCAAGUAGGUGCAGGUGUCAAUAGCACCUUGGUGCUCAGGUUCAAAGCGUGCUAUGAUACGAGCAAUUUUGUCAAGAUCCCUGUCUGAGGGAAAUGGUAAGAAGCCAUCAUGAGGAGGAGAGUAGGACUCUUGGUUUAAGGAUGACCUCUCAGGGUCAAGCAGGGUCCUGUCAUGAUGCUGAGAGAGAUACUUAAGAGUUGGUUUGGAAGGAAGUGAUGGCGCUCUCUCAGGAGGCUGAUCACCUAUCAUUUCUUCAAGAAACGUUUGCUCCAUGCGUUCUCUUUGGGCUCGACCUGACUGGAGGGAGCAUCGUAACUCUCUUUUGGCAUCUUCAAGUUCUUUGUCUGUCUUUUCUUGCCGUUCUUGACGAAGAAUUAACUGUCUUUGAGCAAUCUGGAGCUGGUGCUGUAAGGUAGAAGUUUGCUUCUCCUUAACUUCAAGAGCUUCAGCACGCACUUUGACCAGUGCUUUCAAAGCUUUUACAUCUUCUGUUGCUUGCUCUAGCAGGGAUUCUGACUGUAUCAGAUCCUCUGUGGUCUUAGCAAGCUGCUUAUUCGUGUCAUCAAGUUCUUUCUCCUUUUUGUAAAGGGUUUCAUUAAGUCUUUCAAUCUUGUCUUUAAGAUCAAGAUUUUCUUCAUGACUUAUCAGUGAGGGAAGCUUUGACGCUUCACAUCUGACACUGUGUUUUCCUAAAACACUUAGAGACUUCUUAGUCUCUUCUAGCGUCUUUUUCAGAGCGCUGUUUUCGUCUUUUUGCGCCUUUAUCUUUGCUAAAGCGCAUUCCAGCAAGUAGUCUUUAUACUCAAGCUGAGAAGACAUCACGACAGACAUGCAUCUAGUGAGCUCUUUGUCACGAAGUGUCGUGGUUAAGGCUGUUUCCAGUAGGUCAGCCAUUUCAUCCUCCGGAUUGGAGGGUUUGGCCUUUUGAAUCUUAGUCAUGUACUGAGGUAUCAGCUGACUAGUCAAGUUUGCCAACACUGUGUGUAUGUCCCUCAGGGGGUCUCCCUGGCUGGACUCUUUUGUGUUAGGCAUGUUUGGUUUUGGUAAAGAGGUGCAGCUGGUUGGUUGAUGAGUUUGAGUUGACUUAAAAUGAAAGGAAGAAGCACAAUAUCAAAUUAAGUGGGUUAAUCGACUUAAUUUAUCAGUGCUUGAUAAAGAGGAAGAGCCUAUCUGAGUAGAUCUCUAAUGGAGAGAAAAAUAACAUAAAGUUAAAUUCAUUUCAAUCAAAAUUGAAAAACAAUGAAAUGAUGUUAAAUUAAAUUUAACAUCAGAUACAGAACCAUUGAAUAAAGGGUUCAGUUUGUCUCCGUGUUGCAGAGAUCAGCAAAGCUUAAAUAAACUGCCUGGUGCAGUUGGAUGAAUUGGGAAAAAUCGAUGAAAUUGUCAAUUUAAGGAAUUAACUCUGAAAUUAAUUCACAAAUUGCAAUAAAUCCAAAGGUUCAACUACCAAAUCCAUCUGGAGUGUUAAAAGAAAUUUCAAAUAUUAAUUAAUUUGUUCAUUAAUUAAUUAAUCAAUCUUAUGAGGAGGGUUAAUACAUUCAUGUAUUAUAGGGAACAGUAAAACUGCUCAAUGAUGUGAUAAGUAACAACAAGAUCAGGUGAUUGAUUCAAGGAGUUACUUUAUCAAUACAUUAUGGAGGCUCUUAUAACAAAGAUAAAAAUCAAAAAUCAAUGAUCAAUGAUUUAGAAUAAGCACAUCAAACUUCAUCAACCAAGUCAAUCACUUGAAUUAUGUCUGUAGAGUGUUACGCACUGACUACAGAGAGGCGGUACAGCUGGCUGAUACUGCAGGCAGAUAAGUGUUAGCUCAAUACCAAAAGCAACCAUGUGGGGCAGUAUGGAGUUGGGAGAACUGCACAAGCUCAACACUAGUGGAGAAGAAGAGGAAAGAGAUAACAGUCAUCCAACUAGCCUCUUGUGGCUGUGAGGACUUGGGAAGUCUGCAGGAAGGGGCCUUUAGGCUCUGCCUCCUUGAAGGGCCUUAUCUGCUUAAGGCCACAUGGUCAGUCUCUCCACUGACAACAAAGGGUUAACAUUUCACAGCAGGCUGCGUCUGCACCCUCAAACAUAGAACUUUCCACCAUCUGCUCAGGCAGAUUGGUUCAAUAGAAUCAUUUACAGGAACAAGAAUCAAAGUGACAAAUCCUUAAACAGCAGAUUCAACUGCAGACUUUAAAAUCACAAAUGCGGCGAUUCGUGAUCACGGAUUUUGUCUGAAUUCAUUCAAACAACAACCUCCCACUGUUACAGUGGUUUCCUGUGACAGAUAGCUUAUCUGUCAGGGGAAAGGAGGAAAUCUAAAUCCCAUAUAGUUACUAGAACUUCAUAGCAGACUAUAGAGACAAGAAUCAAAGUGACAAAUCCCUCAACAGCAGAUUCAACUGCAAACUUAAAAAUCACAAAUGCGGCGAUUUGUGAACACAAAUUUUGUCUCAAUUCAAUCAAACAACAACCUCCCACUGUUACAGUGGUUUCCUGUGACAGGUAGCUAAUCUGUCAGGGGAAAGGAGGAAAUCUGAAUCCCAUAUAGUUACUAGAACCUCGUAGCAGACUACAGAGACUUCAGGGGCUUGAAACCACAGCUCGGAGCAUCGCGAACACUGGGUUCAGCCAAAGGCCUUAAAUACAAGCGUAUGGUGACGCAACAAUCGUGCACUUAAAUAUUGGACAGUCUAGACAGAGCAGAGGAGUCAGUCUCACUGCUACUCAGAACAACAUUUCACGCUGUCCAGCUCAAACACAGACUACAGGCAUGUAGUACAAAAGUGUGUGAAACACAGAGCAUAAAGGUUUUAUGCAUAGAUCAGGAAACAUCAGAACUUAGUCAAGCAACUUCAGCAAGCAUAGCAUUGAUUGUGAUCAAGUCUAAAAUAGCCUGGAAAUAAGUUUCUCUCAUCAAUUUGGAAGGCUAAGUUUUAGGUUGUCUGUUAGUAUCCAGAAGUUUUGUUUGAAACGCCUCACGCAGGGGCACCAAAAUAUACGUAGUGAUUUGAAAUGAGCCUCACACGGGGCACCAAAAUAUAUGUAGUGAUUUGAAAUGAGCCUCAUACGGUCGCACCAAAAUAUAUGUAGCGAUUUGAAAUGAGCCUCACAAGGCCGCACCAAAAUAAUACUUGGCGAUUGGAAUUUAUAAUAAAUGUCUGAAGAUUAAUAAUCUCAAAUUAUGACAUUUAUGCACUCGUUGAAAGGGGCACCACCCACCCUUAAUGGUGGGAAAAUAAAGAAAACAAAAGUUUAAUUCAGAAAUCAAACAUCAAGUCAGUUUUAAUUAAUCAGUCUUAAUUAAUCAGUCUUAAUUAAUCAGUCUCAUAUCUUAAGUCGAAAUUCUAAUUUCAGGGACUCCACUUCUGGAAGAACACUAACAGACACGAACUUAGAAAAAUAAUUAUCUGUUUAUUACAGGAUAAAUGAUGGUACAACACACAUGCAAUAAAUGAUGAUAAGAUAAUGAAGAUAAAUAAUAAUAGGUGAAUAAAUCAAGAUUCUGAGUCAGGCUAGGAGCACUAAAGUUAAUGAUAGUGAGUGAAUAUGCGCUAACAUAUUAACCUACACUAACUUUAGUGUCGAGAUAAACUCGGAUGUGGAUUUGGAGGAAUCUAAGAUUACCAGAAUAAGAGGAUAUCUGAGUUGAACGCAGGAGACAGCACCAGCCCUCUUUAGAGCUCUGGAGGUUUGCAUACUUAAGUGAGACUGGUCCUUGGAGAAGAUGGAGCAGGUUCCGAAGGUCCGGGCUACUGGCGGUUCGAGCGGUUCAGCUCAGAAGACGACUGAAGUCAGCCGAAGGAUGAGCCAGGAGUUGCAGCACUCAGGCCCGAAGCAAAAACCAGCGCCUGUGGAUCCUGUGGAUGCUCGUUUGGGUACUUCUUUAGUCUCACUCAAAAACUCUGGCACAGAGGAUGACCCGGGCCUGUUGGAUUGCGUUCGGAGGUGACUUUGAAAUCACGCAGAAAACUCAGAAAAACGAGGCUCGAAGAGCAGAGAAAACUUUCAAAAAUGGCUUCGCGAAAUUAAAGAAAAUCAAUCAAAGGCUUAAUCUUGAAUUGCUAUGUGCACAAAAAGUUGAAGUUUCAAAACUUGAACUAAGACGAUGUUAAAGAAAAAUCAACGUGAAUCAACACGUGGCGUAAAACUUAGAAGACUAAGGAAAAGUUCUAAGAGAGAACAAAGAAACGCACCACAGAAGGGUGUGGGCAGAAGAGAAGGGGCAUAAGAGCCGGGGACAAGCGAGUCAGCAGAAGAGAGAAGCAUAAGAGGAAUAAGAGUGAACAAGAAGAGUGAGCAACCCGACUUCACUGGUUUUAUCUUCUCACACUGGGAGUGGCUCCGGCGUGUGUGUGAGACAGAGGAGGGGUCGUGGAAUCUCUGAUUAUUUGAUCUAACUUAUACUUUUGGCUGGUAAAAGAGUCAGAUCUGAUACUCACUCACUAUGAUUAAUAUCAUUGAAUGCUUGGUUUCAUGAUAAAUAAUUUGACACUAAACACAUAUGAAUGAAGUGUAGGAUCACAUCAGACAUUCUCAUUAUGUUUUAAGUAUCACAUUAAACAUGCUAAAUUACUCUGAAAUGAAACAGAUAGUAACACAUGGAAACUGUGAACAACAAAAGAGUAAAUACAUGUGAAUGAACUUCAUCAUGAUUAAUAAUGGAUUCUAAAUACUCACAUUCAGAUUAUUCAAUGACAUUAUAACCACCUAAUGGUUAAAAAUACUAAAUAAACAUCUACAAUAUAAACCAAACAUUUCUAAACUGUUUCUGUUACCUAGAGUUAAGUUAUGAUUCAUAGUCGAUAAAUUUAACUCUUAAAAGUUCAUGAAACAGUCUGAAAAUCUGUUGGUCUAAAGAACUAAAGAAUAAGGAUUUAUUCUGUCAGAUAAGAUAACUUGGCUUCUGAAGCACAUAGAAAAACGGGAAACAUCUCAUUUUAACACAAAUUUCAUGAUUAGACAGAUUAGUACAUUGCUGAAUGCAUAAGAUGUCAUGAUCAGUCAUUUGUAUUCUUUCACCAAAGGAAUGCAGUCUUUAUCAGUGUAUGGUCGAGCAGGGUUUUACGACCGAGGUCUGGAGGUCAGUGUCCCCCCUUUUCCUAGGGUCCGUAUGUUCACACACUUUAAGACACUAAAUCUCAAAUGGGAGAUCUGGGUUGAGACGUUAAUGUUUAUUUAGAUGGUCAGCAAAUGGAGUCAGUUUGAAAGGUAAUAAAACUCUGUCUCUGUUCUCCGAAUUGACCAAUCGUGAAGAGUCAGAGGUUUAGUCAACCUCCUGUUGGGUCACUUAUUUAACCUGAAAGGGCAAACACGUCUGGAAAGAUUUAUAUCCUGUUUCCUGGGACCAGAUAAGGAAGCUUUCCUGUGAGGAAUGUGUGGGUUUCACAUCCAGGGUUGUCUUGAUUGCUACAAGAAUAAAGUAUUUUUGAAUCCAAUUUUUUUUAAUUUCUCAUGUUCAAUAAAAGCCAAAUGUGUUUCUUGCAAAAAAGAAAUGUGAAUUCUUUCUUGCUUUAGCUUUGCAAUAUGUUGGCUACUUGAAAUUGGGAUUGUUAAUGCCAUUUACAUUUGAAGAUUGUAUAUCAUAAUGCUGCAUGGACAUCAGUUAUCACUGAAACAUGUUUUCUUGUGCUUGUGCAAAACUCGCCCCAGUCCUCAAAACACAAACAAGCCACUAAACUUGUGACAGUCUUAAUGCAGAACAGGUCUUCCAGUUCAAGGGUCUCCUGUUAGCCGUUUGGGUGGAGGCGGAAAAAAGCCACUUCGUGAUGCCCUUCAGUGAAACAAAACAAAAAACUGAAGAAUUGGUGGCUUAGUGUAUCAGUUGCCUGCAUCAAUCCUUUAUUAUGUUUUGUAUUUUGGGAGUCCCAGCAUUACCCCCUGCUCUUUAUUACCAUAGUUUGUUGUAACAGAAGUUCAAUCAAAAUAAAUAAAAAUACAAAGUGUUCUACAAAGAGCCACUAAACUUACAUGGUGCAGAUAAAUUAUGAUUUCCAAUGGUUUUUAUCUGUUUAUUCAGUGUUUAUUUAUGUGCUGUGGUAUUCCAGAGUAAUCAUUUAAAAAUUGUUUUAUAUUUACAAAGUUUGUUUUUUCACCCCGUUUAUUGGUCUUUACAUUUAAUGUGUGUUUUAUUCCGUUUUUGCAUUUACGACCAUCUCUGAUUUUGUAUAGGGGCCUAAUCUAUCAUCUUCAUGCAAUAGCCAAGUUUUCAGUCAAAUUACUAAUUGUUUUACUGAUCUGUGUUUGCCCUGUUUUCUUUUGUUUUUAUUUUAGCAGGUGCCAUCAGUCCACUGAGUGCUGCCGCUGCAGCAGCUGCUGCUGCUGGUCGUGUUGCUCUGUCUGGUUCUGGAGUAUCAGGAGUCCUGUUGGCAUCCAACCUAAAUGAAGAGGUACACAAACUGUGACCCUAACAGUAAAUGAUUCUUUGUAUUCUUUGAUUCUUUGCUACUGCUAUAGGAUUUUCUGAGUUGAUAGUGGAUGAGGUAUGAUAUUGAUGUCCGGUUGUAUUUUUUUAACACAGCUUUUUAGACGGUUUUAGGUGCGUCAAUUGUCAACCAUAAUCUUAGACAUAAUCCUUAGACCACUUUAAAAACAGAAAUGUUUUGAUAGAUGUUUUCUAUUUUUCACCCCAAACUUGUUAAGUUUCUUUUUUUCUUUUUGUAUAUAGUGAGGGAAUCUAAAGGUUGAAAAAAUCCAAAUAGGUUGAGCAUGUAGCUGCAUAAUACCUCUAUGAAGAGUUUUCACAAGCACCCUGUGAGAACAAAGAGGGCAUUACAAAUGUGCUGCCAUAAUUUUCCUUUGGUUUGACGUAGUUAUUCAGAACACAACUGUCAAGGCUAAUAAUUGUCCACUAAGAUGCAGACCUUGUGUAGUUACUCCAGGAAAUGGCAAAUGACCCUCUUUUGAAUGUGCAAGUGUGUGUGUGUGUGUGUGUGUGUGUGUGUGUGUGUGUGUGUGUGUGUGUGUGUGUGUGUGUGUGUGUGUGUGUGUACUUGUAUCUGUUUCAUGCCUAGGUUUUUUUUAGAUUACAUUUGCACUCCUAUGAAGUUCAAAGGUUGUUUCACAUUUUAACUUAGAAUGAAUAUAUUAUUUGUUUAAAUGAGAACAUUAAGCUUUUGUUGUGUUGCAGAAGCUUUGUGGUCUCUCUUAUCUAAACACCUAAAUACUUAUAAAUAUAUAUAUAUAUAUAUAAAAAGUCUACACACCCCUGUUCAAAUGCCAAGUUUUUGUCAUGUAAAAAAGUUACAUCAAGAUAAAUAAAUUCACAUCUUUUUCUGCCUUUAAUGUGACCUAUAACCUGUACAACACAAUUGAAAAACAAACAGAAAUCUUUCAGGGAGGUGAAGUAAAAAUAAACAACUGAGAUCAUGUGGUUGCAUAAAUGUGAACACCCUUUUAUAACUGGUGAUGUGGCUGUGUUCAGAUUUAACCAAUUACAUUCAAACUUAUGUUAAAUUGGAGUCAACCACCAAAUAAAGUGCCUCUGAUCAACCCCAAAUAAAGUUCAGCUGUUCUAGUAGGCUUUUCCUGAUAUUUCUGUAGACACAUCUUCUAGCAUAAGCCAUGGUCUGCAGAGAGCUUCCAAAGCAUCAGAGCAUCAUUAUUCAAAGAUAUCAGUCAGGUGAGGGCUACAAAAGAAUUUCCAAGCAAUUAAAUAUACCAUGGAACACAGUGAAGACCGUCAUCAUCAAGUGCAGAAAAUAUGGCACAACGCUGACAUUACCAAGAACAGGACAUCCGACCAAAAUUGAUGACAAGAUGAGAAGAAAACUGGUCAGGGAAACUACCAAGAGGCUGACAGCAUCACUGAAGGAGCUGCAGGAAGUACUGGCACUACUUCUGGCAAGUACUGGCUGUAUAGUACAUGAGACAACAAUCUCCCGCUGUCUUCCGCUAUGGGGUAGGGUGGCAAGACAGAAGCCUUAUCUUUCAGAGAAAAACAUCAAAGCCCGGCUUAAUUUUGCAAAAAGAAUCUAAAAUCUCCCAAACUCAUGUGUUAUGGUCUGAUGAAACCAAACUUUAACUUUUUGUACAUAAUUGCAAAGGUAUAUUUGGCGCAAAAUCAACACUGCUCAUCACCAAAAGAACACCAUACCUACAGUGAAGCAUGGUCAUGGCAGCAUCAUGCUUUGGGGCUGUUUUUCUCCAGCUGCAACUGGCGCCUUAGUCAGGGUGGAGGGCAUUAUGAAUAGUUCCAAAUACCAGUCAGUGUUGGCACAAAACCUUUGGCCCCCAGCUACAAAGCUGAAGAUGAAGAGGAACUUCAUCUUUCAGCACAGCAAUGACCCAAAGCACACAUCUAAAUCAACAAAAGAAUGGCUUCACUGGAAUAAGAUUGAGACUUUGUAAUGGCUGAGCCAGAGCCCAGACCUGAAUCCCAUUGAACAUUUGUGGGGUGAUCUGAAGAGGGCUGUGCAUAGGAGAUGCCCUCACAAUCUGUCAGAUUUCGAGCGGUUUUGCAAAGAAAAGUGGGCAAAUAUUGCCACAUCAAGAUGGAUGUGCCACGCUGAUAGACUCCUACCCAAAUAGACUCCUACCCAAGAAGACUGAGUGCUGUAAUAAAAGCCAAAGGUGCUGCAACAAAGUAUUAGUUUAAGGAUGUGCAUAUUUAUGCAACCAGGUUAUUUUAACUUUUCUGUUUUUAAUUUUUCCCCUUAAAGGUUUCAGUUUGUUUUUCAAUUGCAUUGAACAGGGUAUAGGUCACAUUAAAGGUGGAAAAAAUUUUAAAAAUAUUUAUCUUGCUGUCAUUUUCUUACAUCACGUAAACCUGGCAUCCGAACAGGGGUGUGUAGACUUUUUAUAUCCACUGUAAAUCCUUACAUUUCUGUUCUCUCUCUCUCUCUCUCUCUCUCUCUCUCUCUCUCAUUUGUAUUUUGUUCUCUCUGUUGACCAGCCUGAUUUCUAACUUUUACACACUGAAUUGUUAAUUCGUUCAUUACAAUCUAGUGACCAGGUAGUGCUUCGAUGUGACAAGGCUGUCUGAUGUAUUAGUAGUAUUUUAGCCAGGAAAUUAUUUUUUAGUCAAGUGCUCAAAUCUCAGCUUUGUCAUCAAAAGGACAGACAAACAUCCAUAAAAUAUUUCAGUCAUUUUCAUGUGCUGCCAUUAAGCUGCCCCCUGGUGGCAUUUCAAAAGCCAGAAAUGUGUACUUUUCCAUUGUAGUCUGCUAAUGUUUAAAUGGAAAGCCCAUCUCUAGCAUUUGUGUUUGGAAGUUUAUACACAAUUUUGCUGACACAGGGGCUGACAUAUAAAAAAUGUCCAGCUAAAUCAAACUGUUAUAUUUGGAAAAUAUAUUAGUAACAAUUAAAUCUUUUAAAUGUAUUCUUAACCUUUAUUUAACUUGGGUGGUCCCAUCCAGGUUAAAAAUCUCUUUAGCAGGAGACCUGACUAAUAUGGCAGCAUAGACACAAAUUUGCAGUCACAGACACACACAGGGAACCACAGGACUGUUAAUAAGCUUUAAAAUUAACAAUAAAGGGAGAAACUAUCUCUUAGAAAUAGUUGUGCAACCAGAUUAUCUAAAAAAAAUGUUAUCACGAUAUAUAAACUUUCCUCGUAUAAUGCUUCAUAAGCACAUUCAUAAAGUCUUAUAAUUUCUGUGAUUCUCAUAUUAAAAAAUAUCUUAUUGACAUUCACAAUAUGCCAAAAUAUGACUUUCGAUACUUUUAGUUAAGUGAUAUUUUCAUAUGAGAUUGUAAAUGGAUAUAUACUAUGUACCUUACUUCUAAAAUUACUGAACUAUCACCUUCAUCUCAAAUUAAACUGAUUGUACUUUUUUCUGUUGGUGAUAUAUUUUUCUCUCAAGAAUUUGAAAUUAAAUAUCCUUUACACAUUUUUCUUUUGCAUGUUUUCGACACUCAUAGAUUGCAGUCCUCUCAAUGCCUCUUUUAUCCAGCCACAUGUUAUCUGGCUGUCCACCUCUUACGUUGCUUCAAGAUCUUCUGACUUGCAUUUUCUAUCUCUAGCAUUUGUUUCUCUUAAUGUUUUACUCAUUAUUUUAAGAAAUGCAUGUCUUUUACUCCUUUAUAACCCGUUCUUUGCCUCAUCUAUAAAUGCCUCCACUAUUUUGUGACUUUGUGUGCGUGUGUGCAUGUGUGUGUGCCACCUUUUGGAAAGAGUGGAUUCCACAAUUGAGUAAAAAAAAUUAGCACACCCCACAAAGGGGGUAAAUGUCUGUGCGUGUGUGUGUGUUUGGGUGGUGGGGGUGGGAGUUGGCUAUAGCGAUCAUUCAGACACCUCUGAUGUUCCACUGAUGCUCUAUUUACUGAUCUCUGCUUUGGUUUUUGUCCUCCUCUUUUCCUUUCUCCCUUUCCAACCUCCCAUCUCCCCUCCUCUCUCCCUGUACACCUGAUGUUUUAUUUUUGCCCUGAUUGGCUUCACAUCUUUAAAUGAAUGCUACACAUCUUAAACCCCUUACCCUCACACAAAUGCCUGUCCCAAUUUCUUCUUUUGCUUUGUACUCUUAACCUGGUCUAACCUGACUAUUGGUUUGCUAUUUUGACCCCUUUCCACACCCCAACACCCUUCAAUGUUCGCUCUACCCACAUCAUCAUGGAAACCACCAUCUUCCCCCCUCGUCCAACGCUGGGCGGUCUGAUCUCUACCUGCGUCUCUCCUCUUCCUCCUCCUCUGCUCCUCCUCUUCCUGUCCUCUGCUCUGCGGUCUCUCUCUCUAAAGAUGGUCACGCCUCAAAGUCUCUUUACCCUCUUCGGUAUGUUCAACCUCUACUAUUCUAUCUGUAAAUCUUUCUCUGUUGAUCCAAGUUUGAAAGCUAAACGCUACCCUUCACCCUGUCUCUGUCUUAGUUGUAUAAUUCAGACCUGAAGUCCACGGUUUCUGCACAAAAAGACAAGAAAGAUUGUUUGGUCCCCUUAUCUCCUUACUGAUUAGAACAAAGACACAAAAAGUCAUAAACACAGGAAUUACAUCUCAACUCUGUGUUACAUGAACAGACCCAUGAUCUAGACUUACCAACAGCAUAUCAGACCCUCUGUCAGAAUACCCUCUUUUUGGGUUUCCUCAUAGUAUAGUGCCAGUGGAUACUAGUUGAAGCUAUCAAUGCAGAUGCAAAAAUUAUACUUAAGAAAAAUGUCUUUUUUUUCACACUUCAGAAUAUAAAAUUAGGAAGGUUAUAUUGACAAAGAGAAAACAGCACCCAAUAGAGUUCUUUCCAUGAAGCUGCAGUAGGGAGUAGUGUUCUGAGUUAUUAUGGCUCCAAUACAAGUAUUUGUGUACCUGUGAUUGCUGAUGCUGUUUAUUUUUAUUUAUUUAUUUAUUUUUUUUCCUGGCAGCACCUUCUUUCCUUAGCUUCAGCUGGGUUUGUCAUUGCUCUUUCAGUUGAAAAAAGCUCAGCUUUUGGAAUAUUUCAGUACUCAAUCAACAUCACAUCUAAACCACUGAUCAACUAUCAUAGCAACAAUUGAUGAUAAUAAUAAUAAUAAUAAUAAUAAUAAUAUAUUAUUAUUAAUAAUAAUAAUAAUAAUAAUAAUAAUAAUUAGCCAGUAGCUUGCAUAUAGUGAACUGUCUUGGGUGUCUGUAAAUGAAAGAACAAGGAGUAUGGACUAGAUCGGCCCGGUGACCCAGGGCUACUUUUGUUGUUAUUUCGCUGUCUUGGUGCUGACACUUAAGGCACCUCAAAGACUUGUUGCAGGUCUUUAAAAUCUCUUCCUGUGUCUUCUCUAUUUUCUUUAGGUUUUGGAAGAAAACAACUACAUUCAAAUCUACAGUUAAUUACUUUGUCCCCAGAUUAUCAGCCAAUCAGUUGUUAAACAAGAAAUUUUGUCGCAUUUGUUUUAACCCUUAUUUGCCAAAAUGUCGCUGCUUGAGAAUAUAAAGAGAUUUAUUUAUGUCAUUACAGAAGCUGCAUUAAAGGCCUAGAUGUAUGUCCUCCUUCUGUAUUUACCAUAAACAUAUCAGGCUGGUUUGUUUUUCUGGAGAGAUUCUGUAAAAUGUCUCCUUUUUCCUGUAUUGCUUACUUCUAACUUUCCCUUUUUAUCAUCAAUAUUUGAGUUAGAUUCUCGGGUUAUGUAAACACUGACAGCCAAAUCAUAAUUCAGCCAGUUGCCAAGAUGAUUCACUGUCUGAAUUGUCUUACUGGUUUACAGUCAUUAUAUGAAAUGUUUUGUUUUGAUUGAGUCUGGUGGGAGUCAAAUGGGGUAAAAAUUCCAUCUUUUUCCUUCCAUUUGUCUUUCUAGCACUAACUUUAUCUUUUCAUCCUUUACACCUCUCCUUCUUUUAUCCAUCCCUUCUGCUCUGUCUGUGAUUCCCUCCUCUUCGUCCCUGCUCUCUCUUUUUCUCUCGGGUCUGCCUUUCCUGCUGUCUUUCUCACUCUCUCCAUGCCUUCAGGAGUCUAUGGUGAUGUGCAGAGGGUGAAGAUUCUCUACAACAAAAAGGACAGCGCUUUGAUACAACUGUCCGAUGGCAACCAAGCUCAGCUUGGUGAGUUUUUAUGUCAGUAGUAUCAGGUAUCAGUAUUGAACUGUGAAAUAGCAUCAACCAAGACUUACGCAAUAUUGACUUUACUAUGUAUAGAAUUAUGUUUGUAUUCAUAGAAUCAAGUCCAGUUGCCAUCGUUCAACUUGUAAAGAAAUUAGUCUUGACACUGAUCCUAGGGAUUCAAGUUUGGAUUUCUGUCAUUUUUUUACUUUCCAGUAGGGUGAUAUUUGUGUGUGAUAUCAAGCCAAAUUUAGGAAUAACAACAAGAAAAAUGUUUGGUACAAAAACUCAUCAGUUUUUUUACUGUCACCUACUGAGGCAUAUUGCAAAAUUCACUCUGACUCACUCAAUUAAGAUAGUUGUCUCAGAAUUACGAUAUAUUAUAUUAUAUUUAUAUAUAAUGUGUCCUACAACUUUUUAACCUGUAGGACUAGUGGUGAAUCAAAAUAUAUCAAAAUAAUAAAAAAAAGCCACGGUAUAACAAUAAUGCCUCGGUGCAUUUGCCCUUUGGCCCUAAUAAAGACAUCAAAACUUGGUCCCCUGUAACAAAUUUUGUAUGUUAAAAAAUUUCAUUCAAUUUUUUGGCUUUAAAAACUGUUAUCAGUUCAUUGCCUUUAUUACUGCUCUUUCCUUGCAGCAAUGAGCCAUCUGAACGGCCAGAAAGUGUUUGGAAAAGUCAUGAGAGUGACUCUGUCAAAACAUCAAACUGUGGCUCUGCCAAGAGAAGGACUGGAUGACCAAUUAUUGACUAAAGGUAAAAUACACAACAAACACAAAACAUUUGUUGUACAUUGUUAAUUAAAGAACUCUCACCUUAAGUUAAUGCAGAAAUGUGAUUUUGUUUUUGUUUUUUCCAAUAGAUUUUUCCGGCUCACCGCUUCAUCGUUUUAAGAAACCAGGGUCCAAAAACUUCCAAAACAUCUUCCCACCCUCUGCAACACUGCACCUCUCCAAUAUCAGGUAGGAAUACCUCCAUUGAUUGGUUAAGUUGUGCUCUAUUUCUGUUUAGGCUGAUAGUGAAACAACUGUGCUCUGGCAAUGCUUUGUUGUUUUAUUCUGCUGUUCUUUGGGUGAGUAAUAGUUUGUCUUUCUGUGCAGAGAUGGUGUCGGAGAGGAUGAUCUGCGUCUUCUGUUUUCUAACAGUGGAGGAACUGUCAAAGCCUUCAAGUUUUUCCAGUAUGUAGCACUCUUAUAUGUAUUGCUCUUAGUCUAUAAAUCUUGAUUUCCUGACAGCAGCCACAUAAAAUAGAAGUUUCAGGACAGCGGCUCUCCACUGGCUUAAAGGUGGGGUUGGCAGGAUCUGAGGAAGUGCCAGUUUUUGGGAGAAAUCUUGAAUCUUGUUUUCCCCUCAGCUUCUCCUCUCCCCUCCCUCUCUGCUCCAGCAACCCCACCCACAAAUAGACACUCCUGCUCGCUCAUAUCGUUUCAAUGAAAUUCAGAUUUAAUGCAGAUAAAUACUUCAGAUAAUUACGAAUGGGGCCCAGUCAAUGUGAUUGUAAAAAGUAUUGGUGCUACUGUAGAUGCCAACAGACUACCAGCAAACACAAUGUUUGCAGGACUUCUACAGCUAGGGUGAAGUGACAUACUCUAGGACCCGAGGUAAACAGUUUAGCGGCGCCACAACACGCAGCAGGUUCCGUUUGACAAGAAACACUUCUGUAACAGGCACUAGGCUUACUUUGUUCAAGCCGUUAACAGCAGAAAGGAUACAGAGUCCGUAGGAUCCCGAAGCGUCCCCCAUCGUUUAUGCUGAUGUUGACCUGGCUUUUUAGAUCAUGUCCGGUCUACCUCCGUUCUAAGGGCCCGUCUCCGGUAUUUACUUUGUUGGCUUGCUUGUGUUUUCCGUACUUUCUGGUUGCUUUCCACUGUCUGAUAUUGUAGCAUGCUAACUUUGUUUGAGCUCGUGCACAUUAUUGGAGGACAUGAAGCGUGCCUCACAACAUGAGGGGGCAGCGUCCGCCUCACAACCAAUCAGGUUGGGGGAGGUGGAGAAUGGCUUUCUUUAGAGUGAGAAAGAGCGGGCCACUCAAAAAAUCUAAAAUGUUGACUACACAGACAUAAGAAAACGCAGCGAUAUUGUUAUAUUACUAAAUGUCAUCAAUAACUAAUAGCUAUUGACUGAUAUUAAAAGCUUUUUUGUAUAUACACCACAAAAAAAGAUGCUUCUUUAACAGAAUCCUGCCUAAAACACCUUUAAAGUCCUUUACAUAGUGAUUUUGAAGUUUUUAGCCAAAAUCACGUUACCUGUGUCCUUUUCAAGGGCUUUUCUUCUGCAGAGCUCCAGUUGGUCAUUAGUAGGGGAGACUGGGGCUUGUUGUCACAUGGGUAAGUUGUCACAUUGCAAUGAUCUUUGCCACCAGCGGGCGUAACUAAAAAGUGGAAUGCUAGUUUUCUUCCUUUCUAUGGUCAUGUCCUGUCUGAGAAGACAAAAGCACAUUGUGAGCUGAGAUGAGCACCAAUUGACCAUUUUGCACAACCCAAAGUAAAAAAAAUGAACUUUACAUAUUUUAAAAUAAGCUUCUUCCAGAUAAAAAUCCUAGCAGUGAUACAUGUGGACUUAUUAGAGGAGAGAUUAUCCUGUCAUACUAUCCUACUCUAGCUCUAACCCUAUCCUAUCCAGUGGCGGCUGCUGGUCUUUCAAGGAGGGGAAGCUCAUUUUUCUGGCCUACAUCAUAAUUGUGUUUGUUUAUUUGUAUGUAACAAAAAAGAGUCACCAAACACAACGUUUUUAACAAAGACAAAAGUCGCUGAGGAUCGGUAAAGUCUCCGGAGCAGGUAAGAACAACGGAAUGAAUAACUUGGAAAAUGCUUUGGUAGAUGUUUUACUCUUCAAGAUCGCUGAUUCGCUUGUUUAGCUGUCAAUCAAAAAAGGAUUUCGCCUCAGACAGCUCAUCCAAUCAUGGAUGUAGAAGCUCGGAGUCCGGGAGAAAGUCGGGACCGCCCUCUCGCCAUAGAACUCCAGUGAAGCUGAGCCUCCAAUGGGCGGGACAAAGCCCAGCAUUUAUCCAAUGAGCGUCUAGUUUCGCUGCUGGAACACCCACUUUGAGCUUCCACAUUGAAGCCCAGCAGAAGCCCAGCGUCCGGCUGUUUAAAGCACUGAGGCGCUGCGAGGAUGAAUGAGAACGAAGUUGUGCAGAAUCAGCUUCUUAUCACACUGUGAUAAGAAGCUGAUUCUGAACAAAAGAUGAAGGCUUUCCAGCGCGUAUUUAGUUAAUGAAAUGUACACACAGCAGUACGUAUUUCACCACAUUUUCUUUUUUUGGGGGGGUGACAUUUUAAGGGAAGCUGAGCUUCCCUUGCAGUCUUAGUGCAAUCGCCACUGAUCCUAUCCUAUCAUUCAUUGUUCUGUUUUAAGCUAACUUUAAGCUAGAACUACAAUUAGCAAACAUGGUAGUUUGGGGCAACAUGUCUCAGUCAUUUCGGGGUUACUUGUCAUAUGUUUAGAGGGGAUUAAAAUUAAUAUAGAGAGUCUGCUUAUCAGCAGUUGACAUAGAAAUUUUGAUUUUACUUUUACACAGAAAAGACUGGUUUAAAGGAGAGGAGAAAGCAAGAAGACAUGAAAGAAAAACAGAAUGUGGCAGUGCGGUGCCUGACGUGACACUGAGGGCUCAAUGAUAAACAUUUCCUGUGCCUGACUUUAAUGUUCGCUUUCAAGUAAAAAGGAUUCACUAUUCGCUUUAUUCGCUGCAAAGUCCACUGUGACAUCUUACCCCAUGUAGUGAGACAAUUUACGCAAUGGUGGGGCAACAUGUCACAUGUUCACAUUCUCUAUUUGGUUCCUUAUAACUCUGAACUGACACAAGAUAUGAUAAUGGCAUGAAUACGAAAUAUAUACCUGAGACUUUGGUCUUUCAUCUGGUACACAUUUUGUUUAUGUAUGAUGUAAUGAUUCCAAGAAAUAUAGAAGUGUAAAAUGUGUGACAACAAGCCCCGGUCUCCCCUAAUUCGCCUCUGAGUAGUGGGCUGUUCCCUCACACUCCUCCUUACGCUAGCUUGUAGCCUAUCAUUGCUGGUGCAGCAGAAGUGGUCGGUCAUAUGGGAGCUAUUCAGCUCUCGAACACUACUGCCUUUUGGGACAUGAUGCAAGCUAAUAUCGUAAUUAGCUUUCUUACUAGCAUUGCAAUCUGCUACCACACACACUUGUGCUGCCAUCAUCCUCUCUACUUUCUGGGCUCUGGCCUGCAGGGCGGGCGCUGUGGGUGGAGCUUGGGUAUGUUACUUAGAAAAUCCCACUGUGUCUGAACCUGCUGUUGGGGUCUGCCAGAGGUUCACAGCGAUUUCAAUGCAGAAAUACUCAGAAAUGCAACUUUGCCUUUAGUUUUGUCAUGACUUGUCCUGUAGCAUCAGAAAAAUGCUAUCUGAACGUAUGGACAACAAGAAAAACAUGAUUUUCAUCGGAGUGGGUCUUUAGAUGAAACAAUGCACAUACGUCUUGCUGUCUCUAGCUCUCUUCACUCAAAACAUGCUGCCUGUCAAAUUUUUCACAGGCCCUCUUUAAAUGUGCUCUUAAAAACUACAGCCUUGUUGAAAUUGCAGCUAAGUCACGUAGGAUUUGCUCUGCAGAGGUCAAAAGUAUGUAGAGACCCUUACUGAAAAAUUCUAAAACCAAGGACUCUAUUUUCGUGUCUGCCGGCGACGCGGUGGUGGGUGGCGCAUUCCGCGCAGUGGUAUUUUCCUCUGGCGGAGCCCGGCGUACAGCCAGUUUGGUAUUUUUGUGGACAGAGGCGCACCAAGGUCCGCCAAGCUGGGCGUGGUGGUGUGGCAGGGGGAGGUGUCAACAUAAUCAGCUGGCGCAGUGACAUUUUCGUGCUCGCUGCCAGCGUGUAAAGUGCGCUGAAAGCUCGCUGAUUCAAACCUGGUCAGCUUUCAGCAGAGGUGGAGCGCAGCUGGUCUAGUGGUAUUUUGGUAGACCGGCGGCGUAGCACGCUUACGUCACCGAUGCCUCACAGGCAGGUUUCCACAGUGUCAGGCACAUUUCAAUGCAAUAAAUAAUCAACAACAACUAAUAUUCUAAGUCAGCACAUACAUUUAGAUCUAUAUUGAUAUAUUCUGAUCUAUAUCUGAUCUGAUGAGCGCAUUUGGCACGUGUUUGGACACUCAACCUGUCCGAAUUACCACAGCUGAAAUCGCAUUAAAUUAAAUUAAAUAUCUAGUAAAUAGACACACAUGAUGAAGUAAACCACAUAUGUGAUUCGUCUCCCUCUUUUUCUUUCUUCCUCUUCCUCUUAUUUCUCGCGCAGCUCGACCUGGACAUGUCUUCGUGUCCUCUUCCAGUCCUGCUGCAGCUGCUGCUGAUGAUUUGUUUCAAUGAUCAGAUGAGUUAUUUACUUAAACCUACAUACGAACAUUGUAAUAUUCAGUUGCGUGAGUCGAAUUUAUUUCAUAUGCCAACUUCAAUGAAAGAAAGAGCCAGGCCACGGAGCGCAAUGCGUCCUUUAUGCACAGAUGGUUCCGAUUUUAAUGCCAUUAUUGGAGUUUAUGUUGUGAUCUGUGCGCUCAACCCACCUUUGUCAUGUGAGGUUUAAAUAUAUGUAACUUUAUGCGAGUUUCUUUAUUUGUGGAAAAUGGUGUUUGUCUUACAGUGGGUCCAACCUUACACACAUCAAAUCCAUCUGUGCUUAUAUGAGACAGUGUGCAGUGCGCCCUCUGCAGCGCUUACAGCAACACUUGUUGAAGGGCUGCUUUCUGUCGCCAUCGUGUGGCAUUGCUGUCUUCAUACAUCUCUUGAUCUCUUUGACUACUGCAUAAAAAUUGUAAUAUGCCUCGCCGGUGGCAGAUUUAAAGGUGAGGAGAGGAGCUUAUGUUAUUGGUCAAUACAGGUCUCAGCUGUGUUAAACCCACUCCACACCCUCUCUCCUCCAUCCCUAUGACUUACGCUGCUGGGAGGAGCGAUGCUUACACCGGGCUGCGCCACUCACCAAAAUACCAAAUUGUGCUUGAGAACGCCUUGUCGGCGCACCUGCACCACAUCGCCAGCGAAACACGAAAAUAGAGCCCCAAGGGUCUGAAGCAUGCAAGGUGACCCCCUUUGCUUGUUUUUUUAGGUUUUGUAAUAAUUGAGUAGUUAUGUUUUGGGGGGCCUCCUAGCACACAAACCAAUCAUGUUAUCUAGUGUUACUGAGGGUGCAUCAAGGAAAGUGUACUGCUGUUUACACUGAAGACCUAAGUCAUGGCUCUCAAAAAGAGGAGACUUAGGCUCAACUUUUGGCAUCCACAGAGUAGCUAACAAUGCAGAAAACAACAUGAAGAUUAUAGGAGAGGGGACCAUAGUAAAGCUUAUGUUUCCCAGUGUCACAAACAGCUGAAUGUGAUUGUAUACAGGAGCCCUGCUGUGCAUCUUGUGUUUAACAAGAGAAAAAGACAUUGUGAAGCAUUGUGUAUAAACCUAAAUAAAACCUUCCUUUGAUCUCAGGAAAAUACUGAAACUCAGCCUUAGGAUUAGGGCGAGGUUUAAAAAAUCGAUUUGAUUGAUUUUAAUUUAUUUCCCUUUAAACGGCUCAUAAUCGAUUGAUAAAAUCCAUAGAUCAAUCUUUUAAGUUGAGUAGUUUUUUCUUCAUUGGAUGUGCGGAGAAGCGGCCUGAAGUAUCAACCCUGCUUGUCUUGCGUGAUCAGCGUUUAGCGCAGCUUUCCACUGCUUUCCACAGAAUAAGACCUUGUGAGAUGUUACCGUCAGCAGUCAUGACGGAAGUGUCAUGUCCACCUCUCAAGGCACCGCUGACGAGUUUAAAAGCUGAUGUUUGGAUGUAUUUAAUAAGGUGGAAGAAAACGACUAAUUGGACAAAAAACAAGUAAUGUGCAAAAUAUGCAACGGGAAGGUAAAAUACAGCAGCAAUACAACAAAUCUCUGCAACCAUUUGACAAGACAUCACCCAGAAACACAGUCAGCAUGGCUCAAACAAACCAGCCUGGAGCACGUAUUGGUGUGUACUGAGUACCAGUAUCCCGUCCGAGGGGUUUUUUCACCACUGGCGAUAUUGUCAUGGCAAAAAGCACCUAUUUUGGACAUCUGUUUGACCUAGAGUUGCCAAACUCUUCACAGCUGUGAAAGUUACCCUGUUGUACUCUGACAGCAUACGUUUUUAAACAAAUAUAUUAAAAUUCUACCACAUAAAACAUUUAUCAGUAACAUAGGUUAUAUAGUUUUCAAUGUAAAAUACCAUUGUGAUCACAAUUUAAAAAAAAAAUAAUUAAAUGAUACAAACUUCAAGUGCAGGUGGUAGUUAACAAAAUUUAUCUUUCAGCAAGUAACUCAGAAAAGCUGCAGUUAACCGGCCUUGCCUUGAGGUAACAAGGUUUAAACCAAAUGAGUUGAUUUUACUUCAAGCAAUUAAGUCCAUAAAAGUAAAAAUAUAGAAAUACAACAAAACAUCAAUUUUCACAGUUGGCUUUUAAAGUCGAAACACUCAAACAAAGCUUAAAGCCAACGUGACUAACAGGAAAUAUUACUUUUUUAUGAAGUUGCAGUGCAUAACUGUAUGUCAACAUGCUUAAGGGUGAGGCUGGCUCUCUUCUUUGAGGUGAUGUUUCCAGCCGCAAAGAAGAGAUGCUUGAUGUCCAUGGAGGUAGCUGAAAUGCACAAGAAUGACUUGGCUGGUGAUGACUUCCACCAAGAAAGGGGACUCUCAGUCCUUAAAAGAGGCUGCACUCGUCAGUACAAAAGCACCUGUCAUGGGACAAUGAAUGAAAAUAAGCAUUAUGACUAUUUCUGGGAUGUAACCAUACAUAUUAUCAGUGUUGGGUAGUAACUAAGGCUGCACGAUAUUGAAAAAAACUAACACUGCAAAUUUUUUUGACCCUGCGAUAUAUAUUGUGAUAUUAAACAAUACUGGAAUUUUCACCAGAUGACCUGAAUAGCACUUUAUGCUAUGCUGCACUGCUUAGAUCUUGUGGACAAUUAACGUGGACUGAUCUUACCUUGUUUUUGAAUAUUAGUAGAAUGGCUUCUGUCUGUCUCAGAGAUAUUUUUAGUUUGCUUUUAUUGUGAUGUUACUGAUGUUGCUUUUCUUUUUGCGAACAAGUCUUCAAUUUCAGUGGCUUUCCCUUGUCCGUUGCUUAUUUUGCAGUCGUUGUUGUUGUUACUGGUGUUGUGCGGAAAAACGCAUGCCCGCCGAGAAUAGCAUGAAUCUCGCAAAACACGCAUCGCCCUUAGAAGAGUGGUCCACAGAAAUGUACAAUUUGAAACCCAUACAAUUCUUAUUUGUGGGGCUAAACAGUGAUAAGAAAUGUUCCGAAAGUUAUUCUCAGCACACACAUAUUUCUCAGCACAACACUGGCAGCGCCAGCAACUCACUCCAUGUGCAGGGGGUGUGGUUUCCUCCUCUCUGUCUUUGAUUGACGGCUGGCAGGGUAUUCUGAUUGACAACUGAGUAAAGAAUGAAUGUGAAUGGUGGAUAGCUGCACAGCACAUGCACAGUCACAUGCAGUGUUCCUGUCAGCUACCCUUGAAAUUAGAUGAGUUCAUUCGCCUCCGACAUCGCAGGCUCUGCAUUGUGACUAUCGUGCACAUGUACAUCACGAUGAUGAUGCUGAAAUGAUAUAUUGUGCAGCCCUAGUAGUAACGCAUCAUUAGUAAAGCAUUACGUAACAUUGUUACUUUAUUUAGUAACUGAUAAUGUAACAAAUUGUUUUUUUAAAUUCAGUAACUCCGUUUCGGUAACCAAACACUGCAUUACUCCAUUCUUUUUGUACAGGUUCUACAACGGCACACAGUUCCCAUAACAUUGUAGCGAUCAAUAAAGUUUAAUCGAAUUGAAAAACCAAAGCACUUGUCACCCUCCAGCAUCACACAUGUGAUCAAACACACGCCAUGAAGAAGACUGGACAGGUCAGGGCACAGCGAGAAGGGGAAGAUAAGUUUCUCCUCAUGGAUAUAGACCAAGGUAUGUUUUAUCACUUUCCCGGCUAAAAAGGCACAAGCAGAAACAAGAAAACAAGAUGUUUUGCGCAAAAAUUAAAAAAUCAGGAAAUGGUUUGUUUCUUCAUUUUGAGCAAAAAAAAACAAAAAAACAAAGGGAAACGGAUCGUCUUUUUCAUUUUUUCCUUUGCACCAAAUAAAUUAAAAUACCACUCCAUAUUUCGUUUCCUUGGUGGGCAGGGCUUUAAAGCUAACCAGUGUGUUGCCCUUUAAAAUAAGGGUUCUAACCUUCACAAUAAAGCUCCUGCACUAGCAGGCAUGGAGAAACUGACUUUCAUUGAAUCGCCUGCCCCAGUGGCGAUUGCUCUAAGACUGCAAGGGAAGCUCAGCUUCCCUUAAAAUGUCACCCCCCCAAAAAAAGAAAAAGUGGUCAAAUACGUACUGCUGUGUGUACAUUUCAUUAACUAAAUACGCGCUAGAAAGCCUUCAUCUUUUGUUCAGAAUCAGCUUCUUAUCACACUGUGAUAAGAAGCUGAUAAUCACAGGUAACCGGCACAACCUUGUUCUCAUUCAUCCUCGCAGCGCCUCAGCGCUUCACACAGCCGGACGCUCAGCGUCCUCUGACUUCAAUGUGGAAGCUCAAAGUGGGUUGUUCCAGCAGCGAAACUAGACGCUCAUUGGUUAAAUGCUUGGCUUUGUUCCGCCCAUCGGAUGCUCAGCGUCUCUGGAGUUCUAUGACGAGAGGGCGGUCCCAACUUUCUCGGGGACGCUGAGCUUCUGCAUCCAUGAUUGGAUGAGCUGUCUGAGGCAAAAUCCUUUUUUGAUUGACAGCUAAACAAGCGAAUCAGCGAUCUUGAAGAAUAAAACAUCUACCAGAGCAUUUUCCAAGUUAUUUAUUCUGUUGUUCUUAACUGCUCCGGAGACUUUACCGAUCCUCAGCGACUUUUGUCUUUGUUAAAAACGACUGCCGUUGUGUUUUGCGACUCUGUUCUGUUACAUACAAAUAAACAAACACACACAAUUAUGAUGUAGGCCAGAAAAAUGAGCUUCCCCUCCUUGAAAGACCAGCAGCCGCCACUGGCCUGCCCCCAUAUGCACUUAUUCUAAAUCAAAGGAAGUACUGUACCCAGUACAGGAUUUACAGGGAAGUAGGCUAUUUAUUGAUUAAGUGAGAGAGAAAUAUUUAUCAAUGAUUAAACACAAAAGACAAGACCGACGAGGCAUGCUGAAAAUAGUUUUUUAUUUUUUUUGUGAUUAACACUUUUAUUAUUUUUAACAUUUUUAACCCCACCACCCCCGCACAAACAAACAAACCCCCUUAAACAGUCACCACCAGCUAUUGAUCCUUCUUUGGUAGCCAAUGUUUAAAAAUAUGCCAUCUGUCAUUUGAAGCAGACCAAUUUUUCCGCGGGGCGGAAAGCGACUUUUAUUUUUUCGCUCUUGUGUCGAAUUUUUCGGACAUUCGCAGGCAUAUAUCUGGACCUGCUAGACCUCUGGCCAAUCAAAAGUCAUGUUGUUGAUGAUGUCACAGACCCAUGCGGCUGCAGUCCACACGACACACACCACCACUGGCAACAAGAGCAACGAUGGGAGAGAGGCUGGUAAUUGCGGUACAGGACCACUGGAUGGUGGUGUGGAACUCGCCCAUCUCCUCCCUCAAAGUCAAUAUGGGAUGUAACCAAACACUCCUUUGUUUAUUCUUCUGUCUUCUUUUUUUGCCAAAAGCAUCACAACGAGCUCAUCAUCGCUUGAUGAUAUUGUUGACUCAAUUUCUUUGUUCUCCUCUCCUCCGUGGCACGAAAGAACUCGUGUCAAAGACAAUAUAUAUUUAUUAAUUCACUUUGCAAAAUUUAUACGCAUAUUCGCUUUGCGCCCGGUGUGUAUAGGCGAAAGGGAUUUUUCGGACCGGCGAAUAUUUGCAUUUUCGUCUCGCUUUUUCGCUUCGCUCCGCGAAUUCGCUGGUGUGUAAGGACCUUAAGAGAGAAUCUGAACCUGGAUUUGGUAAACUUUAUUACUGAGAAUGUUUGUUCACAUAUGUAGGUAGAUCCAAACAGAACCAACAUCUUCUGAGCAUGUCUCCUCAUGUUUGGAAAGUUCUCCUCCUUGAGAGAUGAGUAGAACUCCAGCAGUGAUGAUGACUUAAAGUGCUCUGCCAGUACUGUGUCAGACUGCAGGUCAAUGAGGUCUAGCUGAACGUCACUGGGUGCAUUAUCUACUCUGCAGGUAAAGGGAGAGGAAACCAGGUGCAUUUCAUCCUCAGUGUUUUUACAAAACUCUUGAAUCUCUGUUUUCAGGUCCCAAAAUCUUUUUAGCACUUUGCCCAGACUGAGCCAUCAGACAGCUGUGUGGUACCUGAUGUCACCAUGUUCAUUCUCAUGCUCCUCUAAAAGUGCAACAAACUGCCUGUGAUUUAAUGCUCGCGCCCUGAUAAAGUUAACCGUUUUGGUUACAACAUUAAUAACAUGGUUAAGUUUUAGCACAGACCUGCACAACGCAUGCUGAUGUAUUAUACAAUGUAUCAACACCAACUUAUGCUCUGAGCCGAGUUCAGUCACUUUAUCUCGGAUCUGUUUCAAAAGUCCUACAAUUUUCCCCGUCACAUUCUGACAACCAUUAGUAGUGACACCUACCAGUUUGUCCCAUUUUAGUCCAAGCUUGACCAUGCAUGCAUCUACCUCCUUAAACAGAUCACUCCCCGUUGUCGUUCCUUUUAUUGACCUCAAUGCUGCCAGCUCCUCUGUAAUCUUGAAGUCCUGCCUUAUUCCUCUGAGAAAUACCAGUACCUGGGCAGUUUCACGGACAUCACAGCUCUCAUCCAAAGCCAAAGAGAAAAAGUCAAAACUUUCAACUCCACUUUUUUAGCUGAAGUUUGAGAUCCUCCGCGAUGCCUUCUACCCUUCUGGUGAUGGUUCCCCUGGACAGCGGGACUUUUUCAAAUGCUUCUUUAUUCUCAGGGCAUAUUAGCGUGGCAGAGUCCACCAAGCACUCCUUCACAAACUCACCAUCCGAGAAUGGCUUACAGUUUUUAGCGAUUUUGUGGGAUAUUACAAAGCUGGUCUUGGUCGCUGCAUCCCGGGCUGUGUGUAGCUUGGUAAAAUAGCCUUGUUGUUUUGCUAGCUUUGCUAGCAAGUCUUCCGAAAUUCACGCUCUCUCAGCCUCCGCCAAGUGUCCCAUAAUGCUGACUCAAAUUGUACUCCUUGAACACAGCGACCUGCUCACCACAAACUAAACAGAUGGGUUUACCGCCGACUUCAGUGAACAAAUAUUUAGUGCUCCAAAUCUUCUUGAAAUUUCGGCCUUCAGCGUCCACCUUUCUUUUUUUAACAUUCCCGUACAUCGUUGAGGGGUGACAAUGGCCGCUAAUCAUGUGCACUGAUUGACUUGUUUUAUGGAUUACAUAUACGACGUUGUAGGCUACAUUCAAUGUACAUAAAUAAACAGGCUUCAAAGUAAAAGCAUUAGUUUUUUACAUCCUAUUGUUUUAGUCCAUGCAUUAAAAUUCAAAAGUAGGUUUUAUUUUCUAAAUUCCAAGCAACCUUUCGCGGGCCGGUCAGAGUCGGGUCGCGGGCUGUAAAAUGCCCAGGUCUGAUCUAAACCAUUAAUGAAAGUAAAUAAAUACAUUUAUGAAAAAAAAAAAACAAUAAUCAUCAUAAAACAGAAUAAAUCCCUCUAUCACUUCACUUGAGUGCAAAUACCCAAAUCUACUUAGUCACUUACACAUGUCCUUCUACAUACACAUAGAUGUACAUAUUUAGCUGGAUUCCGUAAGCACAGCAUACACAAAAGGAAAAGAAAAGCACAGGUAUGCAGACCUCACAUAAAAAUAAAAAUAAAAACUCAGUAUUUGCAGCUCUCCACUACAUAACCCUUUUCAGGAGCCCUUUAAGAAAUGCGAUUAUUUACCCCACUUUCCUUCAUGUAGGUCCACUCUACCCAUUUGUAUAUAUGACAUUUUUUCAAAUGCUGUAACUCGUGCCAUUUCUGCAGCCCAUUCUUGGAAAGAGGGCACCCCCUCUGUCUUCCACCCCUGACAAGUACCUGUCUACUGAUCAUAAUACUGGUUUGGAUCCAGCUUUUAAUAUGUUUUCCUUUUCCAGUCAGAACUGAAUGAUCACCCAAAACAAAUAAUCUAGGGCUAAAUGGGAAUUGUGUCUCUUUAAUCUCAUAUAGAUUAUCAUAAAUCUUUGCCCAGAAUUGUUGAAUUUUGUCACAGGACCAUAAUGCAUGAAUCAGAUGACCUUCCUCAGAUUUACAUCUCCAACAAUGUGAUGUAGGUAAUAAUCCCAGUCUAAACAAUCUGAAAGGAGUCCAGUAAAAGCAUUGUAUAAUCUUGAACUGAAUGAGGUGUACCCCUGCAUCCCUUGAUGUUAUUUUAACAUUUUUACAAAUCCUAUCCCACUCCUCAUCACUGGAUUUCAGAUUCAAAUCCCCUUCCCAUAUUUUCCUCAAAGCUAACAUGGGCCCAUUACCAAGGUUCUGAAUCAUCAUGGAAUAACAGACUGAUGCCUCAUGUCCCUUUUCCAAAACUCUUUAGAAUUUUGUUUUGGGGAGUUGAUGUGAAAAUCGUUUUUUAAAUUGACCAGCAGGUAUCACCAUGCCUUAACGUUGCCAUCAAUCCUCCCCUAUAGACAGCCAAGUGAUCGAAACAUGAAUCUGGAUUAAUAUUGAGCUAAAUUAGGGUCAAAAGCUUUGUAACUAAAAAAAAUAAAUGUAAAUGAAACUCAACAUUUUGAUCUAGAACCACGAAAAACAUCAAUGUUUUCAAAAAAAUAUGUGUACAUUUUUUUCAAGUUAAAUGAAAUUAUGAUUCACUCUGGUAGGCUAUAUCCUAUCUGAGUCAGCACUGACCUAUAUGGAUGUAUUUUAAUCGGCUAAUUGCGAUCUUUAAGAUAUUUCUUUAAUGCUCUUCACAGCCUGCCAGACAUUGUUCCCUCCAGCUCCCUUUCCAGCGCAGGGAACCUCUGCUAGCUGGGUCUCCAGGAAGGGCCGCCCCUUGUCAGAUUUUCAUAACUUUAAUGUGCCGGUGGCGUUAAUGAAAAUCCUGGAGGCCAAGCGGAAGACACGCCUGUGUGCGUGUGUGAUCACCAGCAACUCUGUUUCUGUCGAAUGCUUAUCAGCACAUUUGUGACUGAAUGGUUAUCCUGACAAUUUGGUCGCACCCUAUUAGUCCCAGCCAUCAGUUGCUGCAACAGACCUGGAAUUUAAGCCAGAUCACAUGGGCGGACCUACACCUGGCUCAACUCGAUCAGUGUCAGAAUCAGGGUGGCGGAAAAAGUAAACCCCAUCCUCUGUGGCUGCUCUGUGUCCGCAGCUUUCUUCACUGUCUGGGGGUAAUCAGUGGCACGGCAAUCAGUUCUUGGUACCGUUGAACGAUUAGGUCCUUCGUGUAUAUUGGCACAGCUGCAGCAACCAGCUACUGGAAGGGAUACCCGACAUCCACCACCAAUACCUCUGCUCUGAAGAUCAAAAUGGGUAUUUUAAUUUAUUUGGUGAAUAGGAUAAAACAACAAAAAUGAGCCAUUUCCCGUUUUUUUUUUUUUUGCUCAAAACGAAAAAACAAACCGUUCCCUGUUUUUUUUUGUUUGUUUGUUUUUUGUUGUUUUUUUGUUUUGUGCAAAACGGAGAAAUAACAAAACUGCUUGUUUUUUUGCUUCUGCUUAUGUCUUUUUUAGCCAGGAAACAGACUGAUAAAACGUACCUUGGUCAAUAUACUCACAUUAUUUUCAACUCGAGAGUAAAGAGAAAAACAACAUUUUGGUAACAUGUAAAUUGUGUACCGGGUCAAAAAUCCUUAGUUGCGAACAACAGCAAAAGCAGUCUACUGAAGCAUCUAGAGGAGUGGCAUGCUUUGACAAAGUGAGUACACAUCAGCUCCACCCAAGCAGCAGCGUUUGGAGUUUGAAAGAUGGACCCAUGGCCAGGCACAACUUGAUAAAACAAUAGCAAAGUAUGUUUAAUUGUUUUAAUUGGCGUUUCUUUUUAGCACUAUCAGUGUUAGGAAUCGAACAAAGGCCAAAAAUGCAGAGGCAAAAGCCCAAAUUUAUUGACAAUAAACAAUAGAACAAAGUAACAACAGAAAAUCGCUGUUUCCGAAAAAAGGCAUGGUUGGCUGGGACUGCCACUAAAAAGACACAAAAACAGAGUUAGAAAAAGAGUCACUGCGUAAGGCAAAUAGCUGGUGAAAAAACAAAUUUCAAAUGAUAGUGCCAUGUGGGGCAAGUAACAACUAAGGAUGUAAAAGUCAAAGUGCAACAGAAAAUCCUAAACCAAAAAUCUUCUUAACUAGAGGGAAAAAAAUGCGAACACAAAAUCACCUUUGCUCAAGGGAAAAAUUCUCUGGAAAGUAACAAAAGAACUCACAAACAAAUACUGAGAGAUAGGCUGGAUACACGGGUGGGAGAUCAGGGAGCUCGGCGUGGCAAGACACAUGUAGCAUGACUGAGAAAAUCACCCGGCACUGAGUCGACAGAGGAGCUGGCAUAUAAAGCCAGGUAAUUGACAACAACGAGAAUCAGGUGUGUGCAAUCAGUUCGGGCCAUCCCCACCUCCCGCCGUGCCUCCAGCGCUGCAGAGAGAGAGAGAGAGUGGGAGAGAACACACAGAGGAGAGGAACACCAGAAACCUAACUGCUGCAUUAACUCAAACCCUCACAGUACCCUUUCCUCAAGGAACGCCUCUUGGCAUUCUACCUGGUUUACCUGGGUGGGUGGCAUAGAAAUCUUGCAGCAGCUGUGGGUUGAGGAUGAGGGAACGCGAGAUCCAGGAGCACUCCUCAGGACCGUACUUUACCAGUACUGGGAAACUGGUAAACUGCCCUGCCGUAGGUCUAAUAGCUGACUUGUAGCUUCUCUGCCCUGUACCAGGUGAUCAAAGAUUCGUUUCAUUUCCCCCGUGAAUUCGGUGUAAUCUGUCAAUAUUUCCAAACCCCCCGGUAGUUACAGCUAGUGCCCAGGAGGCAGCCUGAUCAGACAACAGACUCAUAAUAAACGCUAUCUUUGACUGUGUGGUAGCGUAAGUGGCUGGCUGCUGACUAAAAACUAAGGAGCACUGUAACAAGAACUCCGAGCAUGUACCUAGAUCCCCGGAGUAUCUGGGAGGGAUGGGAAUAAAUGGUUCCCUAGCUGACAGGGGAGAGGCAGCAGAUCGCUCGGCGGGUGGAGGCGCUGGAGGAGGAGGUGCAGGAGCGGAGGAGGUUGAUCCCGCAUGGUCCCCAGCUCGCUUCUUAACUGGGAGAAACUGGUAGUGAGCUGUUGCAAAUGUUUCAUGAUUUGCAUGAGGGUAGACUCAUGUUUGCCUACUAACACACCUUGAGUGGAUACGGCGUGUCUUAGAUGUUCCGCCUCUGCUGAAUCCAUUCUCUUCUGGCCGGAUGAUUGUGUUAGGAAUCGAACAAAGGCCAGGAUCCAAAAAUGCAGAGGCAAAAGCCCAAAUUUAUUGACAAUAAACAAAAGAACAAAGUAACAACAGAAAAUCGCCGUUUCCGAAAAAAGGCACGGUUGGCUGGGACUGCCACUAAAAAGACACAAAAACAGAGUUAGAAAAAAAGUCACUGCAGUAAGGCAAAUAGCUGGUAUAAAAACAAAGUUCAAAGUGCCAUGUGGGGCAAGUUACAACUAAGGAUGUAAAAGACAAAGUGCAACAGAAAAUCGUAAACCAAAAAAUCUUCUCAACUAGAGGGAAAAAAUGGAACAUAAAAUCACCUUUGCUCAAGGGAAAAAAUUCUCUGGAAAGUAACAAAAGAACUCACAAACAAAUACUGAGAGGUAGGCUGGAUACACAGGCGGGAGAUCAAGGAGCUCAACGUGGAGAAUUUCCAUCGGGCUUGAUGUGUAUAGUCAGGCGCGUCAAAAUUGGCCUCCAAAUAUUUCGUAAUUUCACGUUCUAUAUUCGCUUGGUAAUGGUAAAAUUUAGGUGUUAGUGUCAAGGUUCGUGUUGGUGCACAAUGGAUCAUAUUGCCUGGAUGAUUAGAUUCAGUGACGUGGAUGCAAAUGAAUUGAAACAGUUAUUUUAAUCAACAGUUUGUUUUAUUUAGCAUCAGUACAGAACUGAAAUGGCGGCUAGAGGGAAACUUAUUCAAUCCAUCUUUAUGUAAUGGAAGCAUUGGAAGAACAUUUUACAGUAACUAAAUAGUUACUUUCUCAGUAACGCAUUACUUUUUGGUUUAAGUGACUGAGUUACUAACUGAGUUACUUUUUUACGAAGGAACUCGUAACUGUAGGUAGUUACUAUUUAUUAUUAACUAUGUUAAUUAAUAAUAUGUUAAUUAACGAGCACUAUCAUUACAAUAAAUACAUCUUACCUCAUUUGUGAUAGCCUGGUCAUGAGCAUCAUGUCCACUGGUCUCAGCGUCACUGUCUGUUGAGGAGUCACAGCCCAGCAGUGAAUCAAGAGCCUAAAAAAUUCUCUCAGUUGAAGCAAGGGUCUUGAUAGUCUCACUGACAUUUCUUGUCUUCUCAGCCACUUGAAUGGACCAUAUGGCUAGAGAUUGGACUUUAUUUUGAACACUAAACCUCUCCUUUGUAGUCAGAUAUUUCAGUUUCCUAAACCAUGAAUCUAAGGCAGCUAUGAUGACCUGUGUGCAUGGGUUAUCACUUGUGACUGUGACCUCUUUAGUCCAGCGGGCAGUGGUCUCCCCUGAAGCAACUGCCUGAAAGGCCUGCACAACAGCUGCAUCAUAGGUGGUGUAAGUGGACUUCAAAAGCCCUCUGACCAGAGGAGGAAGAGCAGAAACUGUCACAUAGCUUUAAUCACUCAAGUAGACGGUGGUGCAUUCAAAGGCUUUAAGGGCUUUAGCCAGUUCCAUGUGCAGGACCCACUGAUCUGCUGCCAGGUCAAGGUACUUUUUCCCCAGGCCUUCAGCUUGCUUGAAGCCAGCUCACUUUUUUGAAGUGCUCCACAAGACAUUUUUCUGCUACUAGAGCUUGUAUGAACUGAGGGGGUUUAAGAGCACAACUAAUCGCCAAUUGCAAAGUGUGACCUGCACAGCGGAUUGACAUCCACCAAUCUUUUCUUGCAGGAUGUUUGCAGCCAGAACAAUGUUGGAGCCAUUAUCAUGGACAACAGCCACAAUCUUGCUUGCAGAAAUCUUAAACUUUGCCAUGGCCUACUCAAUCCAUGCAGCAAUGUUUGGUCCAGUGUAUCGUUCUUCUAGUGGCAUGGUUGUAAGACAGAGGCUUGUAAGCGCCCACUCAUCACUUGUGAAGUGACAGGUGAUGCCAAGAUACGCCUCUGUGGAAAUGCUAGUACAGCCAUCAGCUGUCAGGGCAAUCUUGUUCUUAUUUAAUUGAAGAGCAUCUUUAAUGUCUCUGACUGCAGUCUUGUAUUUUUCUUAAAUGAAUUUUGUAAAAUGGGUUCUGGAUAGCAAGGUGUAGCCUAAAAGGUUUGGAUCAUCUGCUUGAAGCCGUCAUCUUUAACCAUGGAUAUUGGCCUCAUGUCCGUUACUAUCAUGUUGAGGAUGCUCUGUGCGAGGACUUCAGCCAUUUGGGGGGUACAUGAACCUCUCUCCACAACGAACUCAUCUACAUGCCUUUGCUUAACACUAAAACAAAGAGAACAAAACAAAAAGGGUAUAUAUUAUUUCCCAAUUUAAAGAUUUAAUACAAUAUUUAUCACAGUUAAAUACCUAGAAAAAUUAUCAGAUUUCUUACUGCUCAAAUAUUGAAUCAUAUGCUCCAAAUCACACACUUGACAAGUGAAAGAAGUUUACAAUUCAUUAUAAACGCUAGUGUCGACAGGGGCUGAAAUAAGGUAUGUCAAAGCAACUUUGCCUGUGAUUCAGUGACGACAGCUGUGACAUAAGCAUUAACGUAGCAAGCAAGCUUCUUCCAUAAGUUUCUGACUGAUAGACGGGUAAUACAAAUGUAUUAUGUACUUGCAUCAUAGGCUGAUGGUAAAUUAACAAAUGAGCAUGUGACUCAAAAAAUAUCCAUCAAGUAUCAAUGUUAUUUGUGAACUUAACUCUCUGCGGUAUGUGAUGAUACACCGGCUCCGGGGUGUCGGCGUUUAAGAUGCUCAUGCAUCACAGAAGUACUGCCUUACACAGCUUGCAUUUUUUCAUGUUUCACUGGUGUGUUUUAUGUAAAAUGUUCGCAAACUUUAGAAACUUUCGUUAGGAGUUUCUGAGCAUCUUUUUCUUUGUUGUUGUUCCACCAUAAUUUGUGUGUUUUUCUUCUCUGUUUCCUUUUGAGAUUUAAACAGCAAGCAAUUGUGCUCCUGGUACUUCUUGUAGUGCACUGCAGUCACAGAUGAGCAUGAAGCGGCCGGUGUGUGAUUUACAACCACAGACUGCAUAUAGUAUACUCAGUAUAUGUUUAAAACAACUUGACACAUAGACACUAAGAUGGAUGAUUUUUUUAACAGUAAAUUUUAUUGAUUUUUUUUUCCAGAACAUCAAAAAAAAAAACAAAAAAAAAAAAAACAAGUGCUCUGUAUUCACACUUAUUUCUAAAUACAAAAGAAAUAUUGUACCAUCCACAACAAAAUGGCUUCGUAUAGCCAAAGACUGUCCUCACUCAAACUGGAACUCAUUUCGGCUACUUGUACUCACGGCCUUGUUUUCUCAGUCACUACCCAUAGCUUGUAACCAUAGCUGAGGGUAGGAGAGAGCUUUGCCUUUCCGCUCAGCUCCCUCUUCACCAUGACAGAUCUGUGCAGCUUGAUGCAGCACCGAUCAGCCUGUCGAUUUCUUGCUUCAUUCUUCCCUCACUCAGGAACAAGACCCUGAGAUACUUGAACUCCUCCACUUGGGGCAGGAUCUCAUCUCCGACCCUGAGAUGGCACUCCACCUUUUCGGGCUGAGAACCAUGGACUUAGAUUUGGAGGUGCUUAUUCUCAUUCCAGCCACGUCACACUCGACUGCGGACUGAUCCAGAAAGAGCUGAAGGUCACAGCCCAAUGAAGCCAACAGGACCACGUCAUCGGCAAAAAGCAGUGACCAAAUCCUGAGGCCACUGAACCCGACCCUCUCAACACCCUGGCUGCACCUAGAAAUUCUGUCCUUAAAAGUUAUUAACAGAAUUGGUGACAAAAGGCAGCCCUGGAGGAGUCCAACCCUCACUGGAAACAAAUCCGACUUACUACCGGCUAUGGGGACCAAGCUCUGGCACUGGUCAUACCCCACACCCCCACAGGAUUGCCCUUUCAAUAUUUCUCAUAGGAUAUUUUCUAGUUUUUAUAAUAAUAAUAAUAAUAAUAAUAAUAAUAAUAAUAAUAAUAAUUAUUAUUAUUAUUAUUAUUAUUAUUAUUAUUAUUAUUAUUAUUAUUAUUAAUAUUAUUAUCAUUAAUACUACAACUACACCCACCCAAUCCCUCUCACCCACUGCACCAGACUGUGGGGGCUUUAGGCAGCUCCUUCAGCAGCAGACUGAGACUCCCACCCUGCAGGACGGAGUGCUACCGCAGAUCAUUUCUCCCCUCUGCAAUAAGACUUUACAAUGAACAGUAACAAAACUGAUUUUACACCACCACUUUUUUUAUGGCAUUUAAAUUGUGUAUAUUGUAGAAAGCUUUAUUUUUUCUUCUCCCUUUUCUAAUUUUUUUCUUAAUUAUUACAUUUAUUUAAGUUCUUAAUAUUAGGACCCUUAUUGUUAUAACUGCAUUUUUGCACUUUUUGGCUUGUCUGUGAUGCUGCUGUGACAAAAAAAUUUCCCCCAUGGGGGAUCAAUAAAGGAAUAAAAAAAAAAAAAAAAAAUAAAAAAAAAAAAAAAAACUAAUAACUAGAAAAAUUGCAUUUCCUUGCAGAAAAUGUGUGGAAAUGCUGAGUGCUGAUAGCUGAAAAAGCAAUGCAAAACUGCUUAUUAAAAAUGGAGGAAGGUUUAAAUGGAAAAUUGGUUAAAGGGCUGAAGAAGAAGAGGUAGAAGUUAGAUGAAAGUGAAAACUGUUGAAGUACAAAUAGUAUGAAUGUGCUUCAUACAUUAAAAUUGCAUUAAUGCUGAAUAAGGCUAGAAAAACGGUCUGAAAUUGCAAAAAAAAAUUGGAUAAGGAAGAAAAUGACCUUAAAACACAGAAAAGUGAGAAGUUGUGUAAGUUUAAGUUGUAGUACUAGAAGUAGUAUGAUAAUAGGUAGUUGUAGUAGUGAUAUUAGUAGUCAUGUAAGCAGUAGAAGUAGUUUUAGAAUAGAAGAAGUAGAAGUCAAAGCAGUAAAGCUUGUGGUAGAAGUAAUAGUGGCAGUAAAAGUUAGAGACGCAGUAAAAAAAUAUUUAGAGAAGCAAGAGUAGUGGAGGUAGAAGUGAGGAUACAGGUUAAAGUGACAGUAGUAAUUAUAGUAGUAAAACUGGGAAUCUGUUUGAAGAAUUAAAAAAUUGAAAAAUAAUGAGAAUGAUUUUAAAAUGGGAAAAAUUUGAAUAAUUAAAAAUCCUCAAGUAUUAGACAAGUUUGAAUUAUUAGGUUUGAAUGAGUUUGAAUGAGUUUAAAUUUGUCUGAAGAAUUGAAUAAUUCUAAAUUAAUUUUAAAGUGGGAAAAAUUUAAAUGAAUAAAAAUCCUGAGUACACCCCAUAAUGUCCUCAAUGAGCUGAAUUUUUGGAGCCCUGAAUGGUUUCUGUAGGUCAAAGUUUAUGAGAGGAGAUAGGGGCCGAAGUUUGUCAAGCGCUCUAGUGAAGGGAUUUAAACGUAACCCCCAGUGCUCUGUGUGCUUAGCCUGGCUUCAUGUGUCUCAUAUGGCCGUUAGAAGCAGCUUUCCAGUCAGCUGUGUGUCUCCAGGUGCACUAAUUGGUUGCCAUGGGGACCGUAGAUGCAUCACUACAGCAGGAGAAAGAGGGCUUGAAGCUGAGAAAAUAGCUCUCCAACUAUGGUCAACCUACGUAUAUAUUCAUGAUAAGGAGCUUGUGAGAACCACAAGACUUUGCUGAACACAUUAAUACAAUUUAUUAUCACAAUCCUUAAAACACCCCAAAGUGUCCUCGAUAAGCUGAAAUUUUCAAGCCCAGAAUGGUUUCUGUAGCUCAAAGUGAAGCAGACACGUAAUUACUGUGUGUACCUGUAGGUCUCAUAGACAGAGAGAGACUAAUGCACACACAUUGUCAGAGUGUGUGUGUGUGUCUGUUAAUUAAUGCAGUCUUAACAGGUGUCAGACAUCAAAGGCACUAACUGACCAUCCGUUUGAAUGAGAGACUGCGUAACUGCAGUGAAUUUAGAGCCCCUAACUUCUUCACAUAGCGUGAUUUCCUUAAAUCCCAGAAUGAAAAUAAGAACAUCUUAUGAAUCCUCUGCCCCUCAUGAACACAAUGAUGUGUUUUUCAUGUCUGUACUCUAAAAAAUGUGGCCACAACAGCGAGUUAAACAGGUGUUAAGCUUGAGUGAUUAAGAUUUUCUGGGAGAAAGAUUACAUUAUGGUCAAUAAGAGGCAUGUCUGCCAUUUUUGGACAGUUGGUCACCUGCUGGCCAAGGGGUAUGAUUUAAUGAUUUGAAACCUCUUUUGUGAGAAGCAGGACUUAUUUUCCUCCGUUUUGAUGGAUUUUUUAUGGCUGCGGAGUCAAAUUUGUGGAUGAGGGAGCGAUAUAUUUGAGCGAGGUUUUGUUGAUCCAAAAAGUGCUCUCCCCCCAGCUAUGACAUCACCCCACUCUAGCGCUUCCAAUACACACCCAGUAUAAAGCCUGAAAAUUUGCUGAAAACCAUGAGUUGCUUAAAGCUAGAUUGUGGGAAAACUGUAAAAGAUAUCAAAAAACUGAUUGCAACUUUAAUAGUCGACAAGACAAUGAACAUUUUAAAGCAAGAAUGAGGUCUCUAGGUGAAAGUAUGCUGAAGUUAUAGGCUUAGAAGGUGGAAGAAUAAAAGGAAAAAUUGGAAGAUUUCCCCAUUGACUUCAAUGUUAAAUUUUUUGCACAAAAAGUUAAAAAAAAAACAAAAAGAAUAAGGGGGUAGAAAAAGGAAAAAUACAUCCGCACAUGUCCUGAAGGAGAGAAAUGGUUUAAAAGUUUGAUGGUUGAAAAGCACAAAGUUUGAAGGAGUAGAAGCGCGGCAAAAAGGGAUGGAAGAAUAAUAAUAACUAGAAAAAUUGCAUUUCCUUGCAGAAAAUGCGUGGAAAUGCUGAGUGCUGAAACCUGAAAAAGCAAUGCAAAACUGCCAAUAAAAAAUAGAAGGUUUUAAUGUAAAAUUGGUUAAAGGGGUAAAGAAGAAGUGGAAGUUGGAUGAAAGUGAAAACUGUUGAAGUCCAAACUGUAUGAAUGUGCUUCAUAAAUUAAAAUUGUAUUCAUGCUGAAAGAGGCGAGAAAACUGUCUGAAAUUGCAAAAAACUUGGAUAAGGAAGAAAAUGACCUUAAAACACAGAAAAGUUAAAGUUUUAGGACUAGAAGUAGUAUGAUAAUAGGACGUUGUAGUAGUGAUAUGAGUAGUCAUGUAAGCAGUAGAAGUAGUUUUAGAAUAUAAGAAGUAGAAGUCAAAGCAGUAGAGCUUGUGGUAGAAGUAAUAGUGGCAGUAAAAGUAAGAGACUCAGUAAAAAAAUAUUUAGAGAAGCCAGAGUAGUGGAGGUAGAAGUGAAGAUAGUUGGAAAGUUGGAAAGUUGUAGUGGUAAUUAUAGUAGUUGUAGUAGUAAAUCUGGGAAUCUGUCUGAAGAAUUAAAUAAUGCAUAAAUAAUAAGUGAUUUUAAAAUGGAAAAAAAAUUGAAUAAUUAAAAAUCCUCAAGUAUUAGACAAGGUUGAAGUAUUCGAAAGGUUUGAAUCAGUUUGAAUCAGUUUCAGUUUGUCUGAAGAAUUUAGGAAUGUAUUAAUAACAGGAUUACAUUUAAAGUGGGGAAAACUUAAAUGAAUAAAAAUCCUGAAUACAUUUUUGGAGCCCUGAAUGGUUUCUGUAGGUCAAAGUUUGUGGCAGGAGAUAGAGGCCAAAGUUUGUCAAGUGCUCUGGUGAAGGGUUUUAAAUGUAACCCCCAGUGCUCUGUGUACUGAGCCCGGCUACAUGUGUGUCAUAUGGCUGUUAGAAACUAGCCUGGAUGGGCCAUCCAGUUGCGUGAAUCACUUGCCGUUCCUUCCCACAACAGUCUGGACUUCAGCCAAUUGGGAGCCCUAAAAGUGGGCGGGAGUACUUUCCUUGAUAGACAGACUACUGUAACCAAUCACCGUAACCAAACAUCUGACGUCAUCACAGUGCGCAACUGUGUUCCCUGCUGGGCUCUCAAGCAUCAUGUAAAGGUUUGGUAAUAUUUCAACGUGUAUGAGCAAACAAUGUCUUUCAUCUCUUUUUCUGCAGAUAUAAACGAUUUCUGCCAACUUUGCAAAGUCAACUGCAGAAUUAACGGCGUUCUGCAUGAACGGCGCUUUCAAAAGUCCCGCAGCAUGUGUUAGACGUCUCCAUCUACAUAUGGACCAAUCAGGGGCUGCCUUUCCCUGUUGUCCAGGGAACAGUGGAAACACAGUCACUGCUUGGCCCGGUUAUUUUCUGAUUUGUAAUACACGCUCCCAAGUGGCCUAAGUCCAGACUGUUGUGGGAAGGAAUGGCAAGUGAUUCACGCAACUGGAUGGCCCAGCCAGGCUAGUUAGAAGCAGCUUUCCAGUCAGAAGCAGACACAUAUUAACUGUGUGUACAUGCAGAUCUUUUAGACAGAGACACACACGCACACACAUUAUCAGACUGUGUGUGUGUGUGUGUGUGUGUGUGUGUGUGUGUGUGUGUGUGUGUGUGUGUGUGUGUGUGUCUCGUUAAUGAUUGCAUCCUAAACAGCUGUGAGAUCAAAGGCAUUAACUGACCUACUGUUUGAAUGAGAAGCUGCCUAACUGCAGUGAAUUUAGGGCCUCUGAACUUCUUCACAUAGCAUGAUUUCCUUAAAUCCCAGAAUGAAAAUAAGAACAUCGUAUGAAUCCUCCGCCCUUCAUGAACACAAUGAUGUGUUUUUCAUGUCUGUACUCUAAAAAAUGUGGCCACAACAGCGAGUUAAAAAAGUCUGAGCCUGAGUGAUGAUCCGGAUUUUCUUGGAGAAAAAUUACAUUAGGGCCAAUGCCAGGGUUCUUUGCCUUAUUUGGACAGUUGGUCACCUGCUGGCCAAGGGGUAUGUAUUAAUGAUUUGAAACCUCUUUUGUGAGAAGCAGGACACAUUUUGAUGUAUUUUUUAUGGCUGUGGAGUCAAAUUUGUGGGUGUGGGAGCGAUAUAUUCGAGCAAGGUUCUGUCGAUCCAAGAGGAGGUCUGCACUCUAGCGGUGUAAUCAAACACUCUAGCCUCUCCAAUACACACCCAGUAUAAAGCCUGAAAUUUGCUGAAAACCAUGAGGUGCUUAAAGCUAAAUUGUGGGAAAACUGUAGGAGAUAGCACACAAAAGUGUGAAAAUUUGCUGAAAACCAUGAGUUGCUUAAAGCUAGAUUGUGGAAAAAAUGAGGUCUCUAGGUGAAAGUAUGCUGAAGUUAUAAGGCUUUGAAGGUGGAAGAAUAAAAGGAAGAACUGGAAGAUUUCCCCAUUGACUUCAAUGUUAAAAUUUUUGCACAAAAAGUAUAAAGGUUAGAGAGGUAAAAAAUAGAAGCAGACAUUUCCUGAAGGAGUGGAAUAGUUUCAAGUUUGAACGGUUGAAAUCGCACAAAGUUUGAGGAAGAAGCGUGGCAAAAAUCGGCGGAGGAAUAAUAAGAAUAAAGAAACAGGAGAAUAACAAUAGUUGGAAAUGCUAAAUCAGCAUUUCCACUCAAUAAAGAAAAAUGGCCAACGGGAAGAACAAUGAGUGGAAAUGCUUAAUCAGCAUUUCCACUUAAUAACUAGAAAAAUUGCAUUUCCUUGCAGAAAAUGCGUGUAAAUGCUGAGCGCUGAAAGCUUAAAAAGCAAUGCUAAUGUUAAUUAAAAAUGGAGAAAGGUAUAAAUGUAAAAGCUGUUGAAGGGGUAAAGAAAAAAUAGAAGUUAAAUAAUUGUGAAAAUGGUUGGAGGAAUAACAGUAGUGGAAAUGCUUAAUCAGCAUUUCCACCUAAUGAUAAAGAAAUAGGAGAAUAACAAUAAGUGGAAAUGCUUUAUCAGCAUUUCUACUUAAUAAAACAGUUAGGACAAUAGAAUUUUUGCCCGGGAAUCUUAUCUCUCUCCAUACAUAAAAUUCCCUAUACACCCAUGUAUACAGAUAACAGAUAUUAACUCCUAUACUUCUCAGUUAUCUGACUCUUCAAUUAGGUUAGCCCUUUCCAUUAUAAAUUAUUUUUAUUUUGUUAUUAUUCAUUUUUCAUUUAAAGCAGCUGAACAGAGAUUUUGGCAGCAAAAGCCGUAGUGUUUUAGCACGUAUUGUCGUAAAGCCUCUUAUCUGGCUUGCACAUCAGGGCUCCAGAAACUAACUUUUUUGUGAGCAGUUUGAGGCAACUUACUUUGUAAAUGUAUUAAAAAUGGGAGGUGAGUCUGGGUCAGCCUGCCGCGACAUGUGAGACAGACCUGGAGCAGCAGGACUACUGAGGUUAGUGACACAGAGCUGCUCUGCCUGUCUGUCUCUGGUUUAGAGGAGCUUCUUACUCCAUGGCUGCAGCUGUAGUAUGACACAGUGUCUGCAGGAGUUUCCGGCUGCAAGACAUCACUGUUUGUGCAGUGACGUGUGUUUUCAGUGCAAAAUAAAGAGAAAAAACUUGCCUGUCGUCUCUGUGCUGUAAAUCGUUCCAUUUGUGGUUCCGACCCGACCACUGGCUCCCGUUCCCAUUUUCACUAUUUAGAAAUAGCUUAUCUUCAUUCCCUGUUGCAGGUGACAAGGAGACAUCAGCAGAAACAAGAUUUUUUCAGAUCUAGUUAAAAGUUCCAUACGGGACAUUUAAUAUUGUUGUUAUGGUCAUCGUUAUUGUUACUAUGAUGGUGAUUACUUUUGGUGUUGUUGUCAUUAUCAUUAUUUGUAGUAUUGUUGUAAGUACCAUUCCUCUUCUUAUUAUUAUUAAUAUUAGCACUAGUAAGACUAUAACAGGAAAAAAACAGGAAAUCAUCCUACAACUCAACAAUAUCCAAAUACUAGACAACAACUAAUAUCUCUAUAUGUUCCUUCUUUCCCUCCUUUUUAUAAUCCCAUCAUUUUUAUUAUUACUUUUAUUUUUGGAACUUUUCACUUACCUACUUUGACGCCCUCCUCACUUCUGCAGAAAGGAAACAAGUUGAAGAAGGAAAAACGAACCUGAUGCAAAAUAGUCCCACAUUUUGAUAAAUAGACUUUCUCCCACAGGGUCUUGGAGUUAUGUGUAAGGGAUGUGGGAUUGACAUGGGGUGUUCCCAUCAACUAGCCCACACCACAGGGUGGGCAACCGAACUGGACAACUGAAUGUCAAAUGUGUUUAGUUCUUUCCCUGUUUUAUUUUAAUGGGCUAGUAUUAACUCCCCUCUGCUUAUUGAAACCCUGGUGUAGCCUGGAGAUGUUUUUCUUGCUGUCCUGUUCUGCAUUUUAGCGGAAACAUCUAUCACUGCAUUGCUCUCAUUUUUUUCAUUGUAAUCUCUUAUUUGAAAAAACCUUACAACACCUGUUAAUCAGUUUGAAUUCCUUUCCUUUUGUCACCAUUAGUUGAAGUGCAAACAGCUGGCGGUUUAUCCCUUCUCUGUUUAAAUCCAGAGUCCAGGGCCCAAAACAUAUUUUAUGCUCUUGGCUGAUGUGCAUUAGAAUGAAAUGAUACUCUGCAGUCAAACAAGAACUUUAAAAUUUCUAGGUCUGUGAUACUUAAUUACAAAUCCUUUUUCUGUCUUGAUCAGGGACCGUAAGAUGUCUUUGAUCCAGAUGUCUUCAGUGGAGGAGGCGAUACAGGUUCUAAUGGAUCUUCACAACUAUGACAUGGGAGGAAAUCACCACCUGAAAGUUUCCUUUUCAAAGUCGACUAUUUAA